AUGCCGCUCCCUCCCCCGGAGGAGGGCUCUCUAUGGUCUCCCGGAGCAGUGGCUCUCCCGGUGUCGGUGGCCCGGGUGGACACGAUGUCCCUGCUGCCCGCAGUGCUGUUGGCUUUGCUGCUGCUGGCGGUGUGCGCAGUGCUGCUCGGACGGUGAGAUAGCCCCCGGGGAGGUGGGGCUGCCAUGGGACGUGGCACUGAGCUGUCAGUGAGCUCUCUGUCACAGGGACAUUAUUAAUUAACCCCUGCAGGGCCAGGGGCCAGGGCUGGACAGGGGGUCCGCCUUCAGCUGUGCUAGGACUACAACUCCUUCAAUGCUCAGUCAGCACUGAGAACCAUGGGCAUUGCAGUCCUAUAGCAGCUUGGGGUUCUACAUUCUGGACAGCCCUGAGAUGACAUUCUGCUGUUUUCUUGUUAAUGUGUGGGUAAUACUGAUAUAGGCAUGGUGUGUGACAUGAUUGCAGCUCUGGCACAGCAGUCAGGUGGGUCAGUCGAUGAGAAGAUAAUGGUAAAUAUGUCCCUAGGAUUCCUAUUAGCCAUAAAAUGCAGCUAGUAACAGGGUCUGAAAUACAAGUCUCAUGAUGCUGAGCCAUGUUUUGGCUGGUGGCAAAUCAUGCAAGUUGUACUCCAGCAACAGGUUGAGAAAGCAACCAGUAGUCCUGUAAGGGGAAUUUAUCAAGGCAUAAACAGUUGCUAUUUGGGGGCAAAGUCCUUUAGUAAGGGGCAGUCACCUUGGAAACCAGUUGGAUGUCUCUCAACAUGUAGCACCUGUUUUGCCUUGAUAAAUUUACCCUAGUGUUAAAAUGCAGCCUGUUGAUAUAGAGAGUGUACAAUAAUAAUAAGGUUUGGUUGUGGCAGUAGUAUUCAUUUGAUAGUUAAAGGGACACUUCGGUCACCAAAAUAACUUAAUCUAAAUUAAGUUGUUAUGGUGCCAGGAAGCUCCAUAUGCACUCCUACCGAAGUGUGAUUCCAACACCGAUCUCAACUUGCACCGGUGGCAUUCGGCUUCUUAAUCACAGUUUAAAAAAGCCCAAAGUGCUGCCGGGCAGGGGCACCGCUGAUUGUAAACGUACUGAAAGGUACCAGUUUUACCACUUGGGCAAAUUGAGAUCGGCACUGGAGAAACACUUUGGGGUUAAACCAUUCGAGCAUGGUUUAUCCCCUUAAGAUAAGAGUGAAAUUCCAGCACAGUCAUAUUGAUUCUACUUUUAUGACUCAUUUUUCAAGGAGGGUGACAGUGCCGCCUUAAAAUAUUAAAACCUUUUAAUGCUGAAUGGAAGGACAGCUCCAGGGGUCUCCAGAUAUUAUAACCACUUUAAUGAGAUGAAGCAGUUAAAGUGCCGACAGUGUCCCUUUAAUGAGACCAUGCAUGUGGGUGGGCAAGAAUUCUUCUAACCCUUUUUUCUUCUACAACAUGCUGCAUGAUUGAAUACGAACAUUUUUCAGAGUGCAGAGAAAUACGAGUGGUGUAGAACACAGAUAAAGUGCACAGCAUGCUGAUACAUUUUAUAAUUUCUAACUUCUUUUAUUUAACAAAUUCUGCAUUUUUAAAACUAAACAGUGAGUUGAAAAUCAGGUUUGAAAAUGUAUGCCAGAGCAUACCACCACGCACAACUGUAAAACAUGUGAUUAUGUGUUGUCAGCAACACAUGCCAUGACUGUGAGACUUUAAACAAUCAAGUAUUCCAAAGGGGGAAAAAAGCAUGAUAACUGGAAGUCAUUUAUUUACUAUGGCACUGCGCAAAUUAAAAUAAAGACGUUUCGUUUGUGGAAGCUGAUGUGGCCUUAUACUAAGCAAAUAAAUAUGCUAACUUGACUAGGCCUGCAAACAUUGCAGAACUGAUUAAGAAGUGACCAGGAGUUUCCUUUAACCCCUUAAGGACCAAACGUCUGGAAUAAAAGGGAAUCAUGACAUGUCCUUAAGGGGUUAAAGGAAGACUCGAAGCAGCAUAAUCGCUACAGGCUACAUGGUUCCCUGAUGUCUGUUGGUUAGGAAUUUCUUAAUAAAAUGAGAGGUAGUUUUUAUGGUUCUUAGAGUGCUCUUUUAAAAGUAGUUGUACAAGGAAUUUUAUUUUAUACAAUUUAUUUUACAAUUUCUAAAAGGACACUAUAGGCACCCAGACCACUUCAGCUAAUUGAAAUGGUCUGGGUGCUCUGUCCCAGUCCUCAUAACCCUGCAGUUGUAAUUCAUGCAGUUAUUGAUAAACCUUGCAUGGUUAACUCCACUUCUACCAGACAAUCACUAAAGGGAUAUCCAGGUGGUUAGGUGACUUUUGUUUGCCUAACUGACGCUGGACGUCCUUACGCUGUGCACGAGGACAACCAGCAGCACCUAAACCCCCAUAGGAAAGUAUUGAGCAAUGCUUUACUCUGGGGUAGGCAUAUGGACAUUAGGUUCCCUCCGCGGCUGUCGGCAGAGGCGGAGACUGACCCAGUGAUGAACAUCAGCGCUGGAAUCAGGUUAGUGACAGAAGGGUUUUUACCCUUCUAGCGCCAAAGGGGAGGGUCUGUGAGGGAGAGGGUACUGUAGAUCACUAUAGUGCUAGAAAACAACUUUGUUUUCCUAGCACUAUAGUUUCCCUUUAAAGGAGUACUCCAGUGUUAUGAAUACAUUUAUUUGGAAUUCUGGAGUGUUGUUAGUCUCCUGGUCCCUUUUUAGCUAUCGCUAGUCCAACAUCAACUUCCCUCUAAUCCAGUGGUGAGACGGUCCUUCACAACAACUUCACUCUACCUACCAAGACAUUAUCACUACUGAUGAUCCUCCGGCCAAUAGAAUAUUUCUGAUAGAAAAGCACUUGAAGGCAGGGAGCAUGGGCUCAAUCGCCGUAAUGUGAAAACUAUGCUUUCAUUACUUUCAGCUUUGUGGUGUGUCGAAAAAUCUGUCUCCUUUAUAAAAAUGUUGAUUUCUCUUGAAAUCAGCAUGUCUAUGAAAUGUAAAUGAUGGGUACUCUGUUAUCCCCAAAAAACCAAUCAAUCUUCGAGUGUUCUUGUUGUUUGCUUAUCAUUUAUUUAAAUGAAGUCUACAUGUUAGGGUUUAUUUAAUAAAUAAUGAAUUGGAAUAGUCACCAUUUAAACUAAAAAUGCUAAUUUUGAGAAGUGCGUGCUUUGCAAAUUGGCUUUUAAUUAGGUUUAACUAAUGGGUUUUUUCUUGGGGCUGUGAGUAACCUUUAUGGCCUCUUAGCAAAACACAGAGUGCUAUGUGCUGAGGUUUCAUGCUUUGAACAAGAGAACCACCCAGUAUGUCCUGCAAGAACAAUAUAGGGCUGUGUCCAUUCAUCUUAACCCCUUAAAGACACAAGACGGAAAUAUUCUGUCAUGAUUGCCUUUUAUUCCAGAAGUUGUGUCCUUAAGGGGUUAAUACCCUACUCUUUCCUCCUAGUAAUGUUUAUACAAGAUAGAUCAUACUUUAUGGGAGCUGUCUUAUUUUUUUUUUUAUUUGCAAUGUUUAUUUUGUUUCCUCUUGAUUAUGUGUAGCGCUUUCUCUUCAUUCAUCUUUUUAAAUGCUGCAGCAAUAUAAAUUUCUAUAAAACUAAGAAGUUAAUUCUAAGAGAUGUUAACUAACAACAACUUAUUGUGCUUGUUCUGUUUUUUUCCCUCCUUUCUUUUAAGCUUGUCAGGUUCAUAGAAGUUUUAAACACAAUAAUUAAUUUACUACAAUGAACAAUAGAGAGAGGAUUUAAUUUUAAAAAACACUGGCACUUUAAUCUGAUCCUCAUCUCCAAAUUAUGCAGUCCGUGUAGUCAAAUCUUUCCAGGCUUUAGAAAGUUCAUUCUAGACAAAUAUGUGAAGUGACGUACAAAGGCAUGCACAUGUACUUAGUACUUUAACCAUAACCGUGGCCUAGUCUUGCGUUGAUUGUUUCAAUUGAGAUUCAGUGUCCAGGGCAGUGAUAGCUAAUAUUGGCACCCUAGAUGCCUGUGAACUUAAUUCCCCAUCCAUCCUUUAGUUUGAGCUUAAUGGAAAAUGUUAUUCACAAACCUCUGGGGUACCAGUGUUAGCCAUCACUGUUUUAAUUAUGGAAUUUCCAGAUAAAGACAGCUGUUACACUUUAAGCGUGCUGGAGAUCUAGUGUUGCUCGACCAAUAUUUAAAAGUUGGUUUAAAAAAAUAAAUAUAUAUAUUAAAAAUGCUUUAUUUUUAAUGUAGUAUAUGUUUAACUAUUAGCCUAUUUAAAUUGCAAGGUGAGUAUUUUUAUUGGCAACAUUUAGCUGUACUGGUCAACACAGACUUUCCUGGCAGCUGGAAUGUUAACGAAGAUUUUAGCUUGAGGUUGCUUUGAUUGUUUGUUUUAGUAAGUAUUACACAACUAAUCAGUCUGGCACAUCACAGCACCCUCGUUAGCAGUCUGCUCUGACAAAUCGCAUACUUAACACCUGCUAAUUCCUACAUAUUUUGUCACAUCUCAAUACUGCAGUGGAAGUCUCCCUGCUUAUCACAUUGGCCCUAGUGAAUUUAUGUGUCACUACACAACCAAAUACCGGUAUAUUGUGUUUACAGUCUGAAUAAUAGGGGAUUAGAAUGCUCUUCUUUUUUAAAUUGAUUUAUAAGCAAAAAUUAAAUGUAUGUACAUGUGAUAAGCAUUUUUAAUGCUCGGUACGUAACCAAGGCACAUUGCUUCCUGCGUUAGAAUAAUUUGUUUUAAUUUGACUCUCUGUAAUGCAGUAAUCUGCAAUUGGACAUUCUCAAAUCCUUCCAAUCGUUUUUAAAUGACCUCAUAAUAUCAACAAAAACAAAUUAUUUAUACAAACUACUUCCUAAACACAUAUACUGCAGUUUAAUUUAACAUUAACGCCGGCAGUAUUGAUGUGGAGCUCUGUAGUGUGCCAAAUAUAAUGAGCUCAUAGAAAACUCUCAACUAUGAGAUUUUAAACAAUAAAACCACAAUAUACACCAAAGAAGGACACGUAGCAUAUGUAUCAUAGUGCUAAGAAAAUCAGUUGUAAAUGCUUGAGAAAUUGGAUUAGAAUUGUAGUAGACUUUUCAGACUAUAUAUAUAUAUAUAUAUAUAUAUAUAUAUAUAUAUAUAUAUAUAUAUAUAUAUAUAUAAUAUUUUUUUAUUUUUUUUGAUAUGCCAUAAAACAGGCUGCCUUAGAUCAUAGUGUAAGUCAAUGGGAGAAAAAUGGCUUAUUAUCUGUGUGAGUGUAUUCUUGUUAAAAGAACACUCCAGACCCCCUAAAGCACUUAAUCUUGCAGAAGUGUUUAUGUGUGAUGAAUGUGCACUGCUUUAUUUCAAAUUUUACGAAAAGUGUAGAUUUCAAUAGGUUUUGGCACAUUUAUAAAUUACCUUGUUACACCUCCCUGGCUGUCAAUCAGACAACCAGACCUGUUACUUCCUGGUUUGUUUAGUGCAGUGGAGCUAAACUGAAGAAGCAGCACUUGCCCAGAGAAUCCACCUUGCAAAGACUUCUCUUUGAGCUGCAUUGGAAAGUCUGUUAUUGGACAGCGACAGAAAGUCUGGGCCGGGUUAGAAAGGGAGGACUGGCAAACGCUGCGGAGCUGUAUAUACCGUGUAUACCUCCAAUGGAAAAUGCAUAAUUAGCCUCAUGCAUGUUUUCAUUGGAGCGUAUCUCUACUAAGUAAUUAUUUAUUUUAUUUGAGCAGUGGAUUUUAUAUUUGCUAGGUGGCAAUUUAAAAAAAAAUGUUUUGUUUUUUUAAACAAUAAGUAUUGUUUAACAGUUGUUGCAAAGGUGUGCAAAAAAAGUAUGUAAACGCAAUAUAAUUGUAUAACAUCGAUGACCUGUUGUAAUUGUUUUUUUUUUUUCAUGUGUGUGGCUGUCCCAGAUGGCUGCUUUAUCGCCUGGCUACUAACUGGUGCCAGAAAAGGCUGGGAGCAGAUUUGAAGAUUGGAUCAGUGGGCUUUUUCUGGCUUCAGAACAUCAGCUUGAAGUUUGGGAGGCAGCAACAACAAAUUGUGGUGCGCACCCUUUUGCUCUUGUUUAUGAACUCAAAGGACUCGAAGACAUAGGACUACUCUGAUUUUAUUUGUUUGUUUGUACAUUUAGGUAGACGAGUGCAUGUCCUUGUAGCUGCAGUCUGGAUAUUUUUAAAUGCCUUUCGUUUCCUGUGCUUUGAGUUUCUGUGUAUUAUUACAAGGCAGUCUAUGUAAUGAUAUCCAGGGGUAAUGCAAUAUUUCAGCAUGUUUUUGUGAGAUGCCACUGAUUAGUCCACUGUGUGUCAGAAUGGCUCCAAUCAAUUCAGUCUACCAAACAGGGUUUUUACAGGAAAUCUAGUAUUUGAUGAGCGCACAAAUGCUGUGUUUAGAGACUUUUUUUCACUAACUGUGAGUAGUGGUGACUUGACAAUCGAUUUUUGCACAAAUAUAAAAGUGGAAAAACCUUUCCAACCCUUAUGGCUUCUCUGUUUUGGUCUAGAACAGGGGUAGGCAACCUACGGCACUAGUGCCAUGCACGGCACUCGAGGUGUCUUUGCACGGCACUCAAGGCUGCUAGAGCCAAACGCACUCUGGCCUAUCAGGAGUCCCAAUAAAACUUCAGAUAUCUGCUAAUACGAAGAGGUGGUGAAGGACAAUCCUCAAUUUAUGCAUUGCAUCACAUAAGGGAAGUGAUGAUCAGAUCACUUCCUUCCAGCACUUGUGAAUGGGAAUCCACACUGUAGUAGAGCAGCCCUCGACAGCUAUCGCAGCUCCUGUCCUUGACCUGAACCUGGCCAGCCUGGUCCCCACUGGAACCCAGGGAACCCACCCACAAUGCUAGAUAUACACGGAGCUGCAGAAUAACCCUCCCCUCAUACAACUAAUAUGAACAGCACACACAACACACAAUCCCCACAAACGCAACACCACUAACAAUCCACAUACAUGCACACAACCCCACAUGCAGCCUCUCACAUGCAAUACCCCAAACACCCCAACACAUACACACACUACCAAAUACACAAUGUGACAAAUCCAUCCACACACAAGUCCACAAGCAGCCCACAUUCAUAUGUAUCAUACACAUUACCUUAAACUACUAAUGAACAUAUACAAUAUAAUAGCUCAUAUACGCACAAAUACAACGAUACAAAGCAAUUACAGUAAAAAUAACACAAGCAGAAUAUGGCAGCAUACACACCUACGGGACAUCACCGGCACGCUACGGGACAUCACAAUCCUAUAUCGGCACAGUGCUGCUAAAAGGUUGCCUACCCCUGGUCUAGAAUGUACAAUUCCUUUUACAACUCCCUACUAUUUAUGGUUUAGGAAAUAUAAAUUGUUAUAAUAAAGAAGAGGUAUAGCCAAGUAGUUAAGAUUUAACUAUUAUUGAUGAAUCUAGUACUGAUUAUGUGUGAUUUUUUUUUUUUUUUUGUUCAGGAAGUUAAUUUACCUGCUUGUGUCUGAGACAGAACAAAUAACUAAUCUAUUAUGCUAAGACUGAUGUUGCCAUAUCUUGUUUCAGGAUAUUGAUAGUAUCUGGGUAUCUAGCAAGAUAUUGAAUCAUGAGUUGCCGUGAGUAUCUUUAUGGUUCCAUUAUGACAAGCCCUCCCUAGCAUAUAUCUUUCCGGAUGAUUCAUUUUGGAACUGGACUGCCCUUAUGUGCUCCCUCUGAGUUCUCUUAUUCUUGGGUUUUAUAUCUUACGGUGUCAAAGAUUUAUAUGCAUGGUCUCUGUUUGUAUUGCUCACAGUGUUGCACUUGUACAGUAAAAUACACAAUAAACAUUUUAACUCUGACACAUUGUGCUUUAUAAAAGGAAAAUGUGUAUUUUUGACCAUUAUGCCUGCUCUCUUGAAUUGGCGAUCUUCACAUAAGUUUUUUUUUUUUUUUUUUUAUCCACACCAAUGCUUAUGAUUUUGCAUAACGUAUAGAUUAAAUUUUGACACCUUACAGAAGCUUCCAGUAUUAUGCACAUGUUUUAAGGAAUACAGGGUCCUUUUGAUGCUAGCCUGUUUUUUUCCUUUAUUACAAUUCAUUGUUCUUUGAUGUCUCUUGCAUUCAUUCUUUGUGAGAUCUCUGUAACUAUUCUUUGUUAUUUUCAGUCGAUACUUUGCUAUAUGCUUUGGGGAGGUGCGCGUUAGAACAGACCUUAAGGGGACAUCACACACUCAUCACCAUGCACCCAGUACUCCAAAUGAGGUUCCUGGAGAGAAUAAGAAGACUUUUCUCAGCCCCUCACUUCGUAAAAUAUUUUCUCAGGUAACACAUUACUGUUGUUUGCUUCACUUGAUGUACAUUGUAUUAGAUACGGUACUCGCUCCAUCCCAAAGACUCCAAGAUCUGCAAAGUUGAGACAUCUUUUGUGCAUUUCCGUUAUACUUACAUGUGUAAGUGUUAGUUGCUUAUUUUUAUGUAACAUAUGAAAAUGAAGUGGAAUACUGUGAAAAGUUUUAAUAGUGUCUUUCUGAUCCAACUAAGCAUUGUCCUAAUAGAUUGUUGUAAUGUUAGUGCUUAGAGAUUAAGGAGAGCAACCAGUUUAUAGGUUUCUUCUUACUUGACACAUUUGAGUGUACACCUCACAUGCUGUGUGGACAUCAGACAAGAGUGCAGAGCUUUUCCCUUAGCUGUUAGCAAGUGCUGCUUAUCUAAGCUAAGUAGGGCUGUACAGCUGUCUAUUACAUUUGGUUUAGCUCACUUAUAUUUGCAUUAAUCAUAUACCAGUGGUUUUCAUUCAUUUAAAUGUGGAGACACAUGUUAUUUCAUAUAUUUGUCAUUAAAGUACAUUAAUUUAUUUUGUCUCUAAUGUUUAUUUUAAGGUUAUGCACUACAGGGAGAAUUCAUAGUGAAUUUCAAUUUAAGGCCAGAAUAGUCAAAUUGGGAAAAAUCAGUUAUGCUUCCGGUUUCACUACUUUGGCCUAAAAUGUGAAAAUCACUUUGAAUUUGCAUUUUAGUGAAACAAAGUCAUGCUUUUUGUUUUUGGAUUCUUGCAGCUGCUAUCUGUACACCUUGACUCCGUUAAUAUUAUGGUUCUCAAUGUGGCUGACUCAGAAUCCCUUUGGCACAUGACUGUUUCUAGGACGAACUUCAUCCUGGACAGCGAUGGGAAUAGGUAAUUCAUUUUAUAUUGUUUAAUUCUUUCUUCUCUUUCAUCCUGGAGAUUGUGAAUUCUAAAAAAGGUUAACAUGAAUGAAUUCCCUUUGAAGACAUUAAAUACCAGCAUAAAUGAGUUUUUUGUGUCUGCAUAAACAUUGUAAGUGAAGCAUGUACACCUGGGACACACGAGUUCUAGACCCAUAUUUGCCAUGGACAGUCACCUGGUCUAAUACUUAUUACUACCAUAAAGUAUUACAGGGAAGGUUAUACUGAACUACUUACCACCUUUCAGUAUAUGAAUUUUACAUACAACAGGACAACUCUUUACAUGCUCUUACUAUUAAUUGUAAAAGUUAUAUGUGCAGAAGAAGUCCUGGUGGAUCUGGCAGCCAUAUUCGCAUGAUAGAUUGAAUAUUUCUUUAGAUGGUACUUGACUAGUAAAAUAACAUGGCAGAAUAACAUUUUACUGCUUAGUAAAUCUCCUGUAUGGUUUUAUAAUUUCCCUUUUUUGCACCAACUACAAACCUGUUUUAUUUCUAUAGCUAUCUUAUUUCUUCUUUAUCCUACAGGUUGGACUGCACUCUGAGUCUUAAUCAUUUGACCAGCAAAUUAUUAAAAAGCAGCCAGCAGGUGAGUGACAACAAGGAAGAGGACUCUGCUCUAUGUUCUAGGAUGUUGCUGUUUAUUAAGGUGUAAUUUAGGGCAUAAAAUAUAACCUAACCCCCCUCUCACCCGGCACUUAUUAACGUACCUUCCAUUCAUACAGGCAAGUCUGGGAGAGAGGAAUUUCCCUCCAGGGCGUAACAUCUUCUUCUAGGAGCUAUCGUAACAAGCUACUCGACCCUCCUAGGGGGGAAGCUAUACUAUGGCCCUCACAUACAGUUCCUUACGCUACAACUCAAAUAUAUAAAAAAUGUUCUACAUGCUUAUUACUUAUUGUUGGUAACAAGUGAGACCCCGUGCAUGCACGUAUGAUGAUUAUGAUAUGUGUCUCUUUUUAUUACUCCGUGGAAUGAAAAAUAAAGAAUAAAUAAAAAAUAUAAACUCACACUCACACCAUACAUUUUAAGUGUUCCCUUCUGGUGACUUUAAUCCCUGGAGAUGCUGCCUUAGCCAUGUUUGCAGACAUCUGUAAGUUCCCUGUGCUGUUUAAGGUUACAGGAAUAGUGCUGGGCGGCCAUACAUAGAAACCACACACCGCUACAUGAAAUAAUUAAGAGAUAAGCAGUAAAUUUCAAAUUUAAGUUUGAAAUAGCCAAACUGGAAAAUUCUCUACAUCAGCAAUGCUUUCAGUUUGGCCACUCUGGCCCUAAAUUUGAAAUUCACUUUAAAUUCUCACUUUAAUAAAUAAACCUGUAAGGUUUCUAUGGCAUUUUGUGUUCUUAAAACACUGACAUUUUUCCAUCAGUAUAUAAUUUCUACCCACUGCUGGGGGGAAUUUUUCAUGUGCAAUCCCAACAGCAUGGUGUAGGUAACCACCCACUCCAAAAUCUAUAGAAGGGCAGUCUUCUCAUAAGGAAAUCUAAUGUUCUUGCUUACAAAGAGUGCAUACAUCAAGCCAUGUAGGUUUGUACAUGUUCAUGUGGUCACUGAGGGUUGUUGUAAGUAGCAUUUUUCAAUAUGAUUGGAUGAAUGCUUUAGAGACAGGUUAGCCUGGAGUUCUAAGUCUUUCAUCGUCAACCAGGUUGGACAAAUUUGAUGCUAGUGAUGUUGAAGUGUAAUUUCCCUAUUAUUAAAUGAAAUGGAGUUGAGCGGUCUCUCUGUGCAGGGGGUGGUACUGUUUUGUUAAACCACUCAAAACAUUUUGACAAAGGUUUUGGUUUGGUGCCCAUAGAUUCAUGGUAACAUAACCACUAUAUUAAGUGAUAGCGUAUAUGUUCCUUAGAGUGCCAUUUUGAAAGGAAAGAAUGGGAUAUAGAUUUCUAAUAGCCUCUUUAAACAAACUGGUCCACCCUUCUCACAAAAAACCAAAACCAAGAACAAUGUCUUUAUUUAAAAGAGGUACAGAAAAUACCAAAAAGUAUGCUAUAUAUUCGCCAUUCCUCUGAAAAUGUCUUUGUAUCUUUUUGUUCAAAUAUGUUUAGAAAGCUCUGCGAAGAUAACACGAUUUAUUGAUGUUUUAAUUUUAAAGUGACACUAUAGGCACUCAGACCACUUCAUCCCACUGAAGUGGUCUGGGUGCAGUGUCCCUCUCCCACUUAAUCAUGCAAUGUAAAAAUUGUAGUUUUAGAGAAAGUUCUAUAACCGCUACAGCUUAAUGCCCCUGUCUUAUUGCUCUGCUUAUUUCACUGAUAGUGGAUCUGACAAGCCCGACAGAUCCCACCGUCCCUCAUUCCAAUGAAAACAGAGAGCUUGCUAUGUAUUACACUAUUUCACUGCAAUAAAUUCAAGGGCACAUUUUAAACUUUGUGUUAUAGGGUUUGAAUAUUAUACUUUGGUCUUUUUACAUAAAUAAGCAUCAGUAGGUCGUGAGAGCACAUUUGGCCAUUUAUAAUGUUGGCCUGUGUGCUCUGAAACUCGUGUACUAUUUUUUGAGACUGUAACAAUGUUGUCUCUGAUUCCUACUUACUGAAUUAUAGCCGAGAAUUUCUUGCAUUUUUUUACAUAGUUAGAUACUAAAAAUAGUCAGUUCUAUGUUUUAUUCCAAAUGCUUAUAAUUCGAUUCCUUGUUUGUCUUGUGCUAGGAUGAAGCAUGUCUUGCAGAACUCUCGUUGGCUGUUACUCUGGAGUGCAGUAUCCAUGAAAGAUGCCUUCAAGCUGUCAGUCUGAGAGUGCGUAGCCUUCACGCUGAGCUGCAUGAAAGUCUGUUCCACAGUGAAUUACUUCAAAGGGGGCUACUUGAUGAACAGCAAAGUGGUGAUGAGGAGAGCAACUCAUCUGUGGAAAAGACAGACACAGGUUAGGUCCAAGGACAUUCUAUACAAAUUAUUAACAGAGUUUGCUUAUGUCAACACUAUUGUAUAUUUUAAACUAUGAUGUUUAUAUUCAAGGCAAAUUUUUCAAGUAUUUGUCAUUGUUUAAUUUUUUUUCUUCGUUAUUGAUGGAAAUAUGAUAUAUAUAUAUAUAUUGAUAUAUAUAUAUAUGUAUAUAACAUUUUCUUUAGCUUUAUUAACUAGAUAGCUCCUGUCGUCAUGAAAUCAGAUUGUGAAGAAGGAAAAGAAACUCAGUGACCCUCAGGGGGUUAACCAUUAUUAUUACUAACAGUUUUAUAGCCCCAACACAUUCCGCAGUGCUUUAGAGAAAGGGGAUAUUCCCUGCACUAAUAAUCUUAAAAUCUAUGACUAUUUAUGGUAGGCAGGUAUACAUCAUUAGCUGUUACUUACUGGUAAGGUGGUUUUACGAUUUAAGGUAGACAGAUAUAUCUCAUUAGAUGUCACUUACUGUUAAGAUGAUCUGACCAGGAUUUAAACCUGGGUUUCCAGUUCUAAGGCAGUGAUGUUACAACUGCUCUAACCAGCCAAUAUAAUGAUUAAUGUAUCUUUAUAAUCCAGAUUAAAGAAAACUUUUAUGUGCUCUGGGGGUUAAUUUACUAGGCAUAAUGCUUUCUGACAGUAAAGUCCAUGCAGACCCUGUACUAAAAUGGACUGCUCUACUCCUUUAACAGAAGCAGCUCUACAAACAUUUGUCACCAAAUGAGUAGGACAUUCUAACCUAUGCCAUCGUGAGAUUUUUUUUUUUAAGGGUUAAGCUGGUGUAAUGACACUGUCAAUGAUCCUGAGGAAGUAUUCAAUAUGCCAUGUUUUUAAUAUUUCUUUAUGUGAGUCAGGAAUUUGUCUUCUAUCACAUACAGAAAAUGCUGCGUCUCCAAAGUGGUUGCAGUUGGUGGGAAAGUUGCCCUGCAAGAUGGUUCUGUGCCUUGAAAAUAGCACUGUAGUUCUUUCAAUGAACAGUCAGCAGAGGUAAUUGCGGGGAUUGACCACUUAUCAUGAGAGAUAGAAACCUUGGUAAUUUGUGUAACCACAUUAAGUUUUAUUCAACUCUUUCCUUCUGUCCAGGCACCUUAACUGGACUUUGAAACUGUUGCAGUUGUCAUACACACGGGAGGAAGACCAGCUACCUUUGCGCAAGUUCAUUGGGACAUCAGAUCUGGCGCAGAUGAGUGCUGAACUUCUGGUGGAAGGUGAAACUAAAUACAAGAAUGGGACAUCGUGGCAGGGAAAAGACAUGUUUAUAAACACAUACCAUGAGAAAGGAAUUUAAAAUUUAGUGCAUGAUUCCACAUUGAUACAAUGAUAUAAUGACCAAUAACCUCUAUAGGACCACUGAAACCAGAGAUAAUGUCAUCUUUGUCAAAGAAAAAAGCCUGUGUAAGCUAACAGCAUAUUUCUGUAUCUUUGUUUUUCAGAUGGUCUCCUGCUUUCUCAAAGCCGUCAGAGGAUCAUCUGCCUGAAUCACUUGAAGGCCGCUGUACAUGUGAGUUACUGUCUUUUAGAGCAUGAUCACUACCAGGAAGGCUUGCAUUGGACUGCAUGGAAGUCAUUGAUGAUUUAAAAAUUAAUUUUCUUUAUUUGGAAUUUGCUCCAGCCGGGACACGUGGAGUUUAACCAGUUGCAUAGUGCAGGAUAGCCUUCAAGGUUUAGCAUUUUGCAUUUGUACCAACAAUGUAGAGGUGAAGCAGUGUAGGUUUAAGUCUAGACAUCAGGAUAUAAAUCCAGAUAAAAAAAAGAAGGAAAAAAAAAGCUUUGCAGCACACUUAACAAUCCAUUUAUUAAAUUGUCCUCAAACACAUGAAUGAAAACAUUGCUGUAUACACUCUUUGUUUCAUUAUUUAAUAUUAUACUGGUUAGAAGUGGAACUGGCUUCACCCUGUUGGAAGGUGCUGUUCCUUUUUGUGUUGUUUUUUAGUAUAAAUCCAGAGACGAGUAGUAACAGCUCUAAUGAACAAUGUGGCCUAUCUAAAGAGAAACAAUCACUUUCCAGGAUUUAUAUUAUCAUGUUUAUUUAUCCCCUAUAUUUAACAAGUGUUUGUUGGGUGUGAAAAUUAGAAUCAAAUGUUGAAGUCUAUACUGUUUUAUUUACCUUCAUCCUGGAACUGAGAACCUCCAACAUGACUCCAUGUCUAUCACUGUUGUAAGCCCUUUGUUUUCUAUUUAAAAAAUGAAAAAGAUAAGUCUUAGUACCUGUCAAUCAGAUUUAAAACCUCCUGACAAUUUGCAUCCAAUAUCUAAAUGGAGGAAGGAACAUAUUGUGCAGAGGAGAAAAAAAAACAGAAAAAUGUUUGUUUCCCCUCCUCCAAUGCACUGUAAGAAAAUCCCAUAAUAAAAAUACUUAAUACAUGAUUUCCAAAGAAGUUACAGUUCCCCAAUAAGCUUUUUAUUUUAUUUCAUUAAAGCUUAAUUACCCUUACCCCACUGGGUAGAAAUUGGCUAGAUUUGAGAAUUUAAUUUCUAAAUGUCUUAAGGCUUUCAGUACUAACUGGGUUAUUCACAAAAGUGAGAAUAGAGGUUCAAUUCAAAAUGAAUUUCAAAUUUAAGGUCAAAAUAGCUACAAUGGAAAAAUCUCAAAGUCAGUUCUGCUUUCAGUUUAGCUUCUCUGGUCUUAAAUUUGAAAUUCACUUUGAAUGCUCUUUUUAGUAAAAAGCUCUGUAAACCUCUGUUUUGAAUUGUGACUAGAUGUAUGUUUAUCAUUAAAGAGGUUAAAGUGUAGAAAAAAACGUGCUGCAAAUGUGUACAUAUUUAACCUUUUUCAAGUGACUUGCUUGACCAUCUAUUGUGAAGGUGUUAAUGGCAAAGAAUGGACUAUAGUGCUUCUUUUACUGGAUUGACUUUGCCUGGAAUUUAAAGAAUCCAUAUUAGCAAAGUUUGUGGUAGAAUUAAAAUGCAACAACAAAAUCUGUAGAAAUGUCAACCUCUCUCAAUUUAUGUUUUAUAACUAAAAGGCUAUGCUGUCAACUGGUUUGUUGUUGUUUUCUUGUUUUGUGUUUUUUUUAAUAAUAUUUUUGCUCUUCCUUCAGGUCAACUCCAUUGAUAUUCAGAGCUCCGUAGCGCUUAACACUUGCAUCAUUCACUAUCGUCACCAGGAGUUUUCUCAUUGGUUCAGCUUGCUGGCGCUGGAACGCCAGUUACAAAGAUCACCAAGAGCCUCAACCAAAAAUUCUAGGUGAUUUUUUUUUCUUUUUUGACUGUUGAGGAAAGAGACUGAUAUUUAGGAACAUAAUUGAGCUGAACAGUCCUCAACUAUAAUUGGUAGAUCUAUUCUGCAUUAACUGCGUGCAGGUGAAGUGUCGACUGUAAACAUUGUGAGAGCUCUGUUUUUUGUUGGGGGAGAGGGGUUGUGAUGUGUUCUUUUUGUUUGUUUUUUUUUGUUUUUUUUUCAAUCGUCUGUUUAUUAAACAUUUUCUUGUUGGGAUACAGAAGAGAAAGGGAUGUAGGGGUAUUGGACAAAUUCACAAGUAUCACAUGCAAUAUUUCUUGAAUAUAUUCCCUUGUUCAAAGGGUUACAGGGUUACAGUAUGCAUUAUUUCAGUGCGUCUGUUGAAUAUCAGUGCUGUAGGGUACAUCACUAUUGCUCGAGGAGGGUGAUUCCCCCUGUUUGAUCCCAACCUUGCGCCCCCGUGUGUCUGGCUUCUUUGCUCUAGUUUUAGCGCAUUGCUGGGUAUAUCCCUCUGUCGUUGUUGGUGUGGUGCCCUGUGUGCAUUGUCCUAACUAUAUACAUAUAUAUAAAUAUAAAUGGUCCUGUACUACAUAGCAAUAUAUAUACUUGGAGCUAAACUGCCUCCGGUGUUUUCCUCUCCCCUCGGCCUCCUUCGCUCUUUAGUGGUGGCACCCCUCUUCCCCCAUAUGUUCCCCUCUUUCUCAGUCGUCCUUUCCCCUGCUGUGGGUCAUUUAUUUAGUUUUGUAGUUUCUGUCUCUCCGUGUCUUCUUCUAUUGUGUGUUCCCACCAUUCUCUAGCUUGGAGUAUGUGGUGAGAUGCCCCAUAUUGUGUGGUGAGCUUCGUUUCGUACAGCAAAUUGGUGGAGAUUUGCCUGAGUAGUUCCUCUAAGCUGGGUCUUUCAGUUUGUUUCCAUGCCCUCGCUAUCAGUGUAUUCGCUGCAAUAAGAAUGUGGAACAGUAAUGCCGCUUGCGGCUUGUUGUAGGUCUCUAGUGACAUGAAUAGUAAACCGUGUUCAGGUUUCAAGGUUAUGUCAGAGUGUAAUGCUGUCUUGAUGGUCUUCUCUACCUCUUGCCAAUAUGGUAUUAUCCGAUUGCAUGUCCACCAUAUGUGGAGCAUCGUGCCCCUCUCUUGGCCACAUCUCCAGCACACCUCGGAGGCGCUUGGGUAUAUUGCAGCUAACCGUGUUGGUACCAUGUACCACCUAUAUUGCAAUUUCCUCAUGAGCUCCAGAUGUGAUGUGCACCUGGAUCUCCCCCUAUGGGCUGUGAAGGCUUCUUGCCAUUGAGUAUCUGUAAACUGGGUGUUUAGCUCUGCUUGCCAUUGUGCUCUGAAGGUGUCAGCUUUUCGAAUCGUGGGAUUGUCGUUUAGUAAGGCGUAUAGAUAUGAUAUGGUUUUGUGUGGUACCUUCCCUUUUUCACAUAUGCUGUGAACACAUGCUAGGGGUGCCGGGGCUGCAAUAUUUGUGUCUUUUAUUAUUAGUGAUUUUAUUUGUAGGUAUGAGAACAUCGUAUUGCUAGGUAGCAAAUAUUUUUGUCUUAGGGUUGGGUAUUGUUCUAGUUUGCCCUCGUGAUAGAGAUGUUUAAUCAGUGUGCAUCCCUUUUGGAUCCAUGGUCUGUAAUCCAGCGUGGGGUUUGCUAUGUGCAGGCUCUGUAAUGGGGUCGACAUUCCCCAGUGCAGUGUUUGGCCCAGGGUUUUCAUUGUGGAGUCCCAUGUAUCUAAUAAGAGUAAGGUGGUGGGUAGCAUCUUGUGGGGGCUGGGUCUCAAUUUGUGGGGUACCCAAAACAGAUAUUUUAAGUUACUCUGUCCCAUUUCUAUCGCCUCCAUCUCGGCCCAUUGAGGCUUGUCCCCGUCUGCGUGUAAGAGGAGGCAAGUUGACAUGAGUGUUGCUUUGUAAUAAACUCGCACAUCUGGCAUGCCCAGUCCUCCCGUAGUCAGGGGUCUGUUUAGUGUUGCCGAUGCUACUCGGAUCUUUUUACCUGCCCAUAUAAAGCGUGUGAUUGUGCGUUGUAAUUUGUUCAAAUAUGUGUUUGGGAGGAAUAUUUGUAGUGUCCUUGUCAGGUACAGGAAUUUGGGCAAUAGUAUCAUUUUAAAGGCUGUCAGUCUACCUACCCACGACAGGUAUUUGUUUUCCCAUGUUUUCAGCGUGUCACUCAUCUCCGUCAGCAGUCUGCUAUAGUUCAGUUCUAGGAGUUUGCCUGGGUGUUUGGGGAUUUUUAACCCUAGGAAGGUGAGGUAGUCGUCUCUCCAGUCAAAAUGGAAGGUUUCCUUUAAGGCGUGUACCGUGGCUUGUGGUAUCCCGAUCCCCAUGGCCUGUGUUUUAGUGACGUUCAAUCUGUAGUAUGACUGGGCUCCAUAGUCCCUAAUUUCCUCUAUAAGGUUUGGCAGUGAGAUCUGUGGUUGUGUGAUUGUCAACAUAACGUCAUCUGCGAACAGUCCCGCUUUGUAUUCCCGUUUCCCCAUCUCCACCCCGUGGAUGCUCGUGUUGUUUCUCACUCGGGUAGCUAGUGGUUCUAGGGCCAUGAUGUAUAACAAUGGUGACAAGGGGCAUCCCUGUCGAGUACCGUUUGACAGUCUAAACGGUGCCGAGAGGAACCCCGAGUUCAAUACUCGUGCUUCGGGCUCACUGUACAGUGCUUCCACCGCCGCAAUAAAUUGGUCGGGCAUCCCGAAUUUUGACAGAACUGCCCUGAGAAAGCCCCAGUGCAGCCUGUCAAAGGCCUUUUCGGCAUCCAGUGACAGGAAUAUUCCCCCUUUAUCUCGCUUCUGGAGCUUAUGCAGCAGGUUUAUAACUUUCCGCGUAUUGUCUGCCCCCUGCCUCCCCCUUACAAAGCCCACUUGAUCAGUGUGUAUUAUGUGUGGGAUUAUAGCCCCUAAUCUUGUGGCGUAUAUUUUAGCGAACAGCUUCUUUUUGUUUGUUUUUUUGACAAUACUCACAGAGCUGUUGCACUUAAGCCACAUCAGUGAGCUGUAGUGAUUGAGGUACUUAGAGUGCCCCUUGAAAGUUAUUCAGUCUUUUGUAAAUGUAAUCCAACUAGUGGCAGAUUUAUAUAUUGAUGGUUUAAAAGGUUUUCAGUAAUUUUCAGGUUACUGUGGCAUAAUUGUAGUGUCCCUGCUUAUUCAAAUCAGCCAAAUUUAUAUUGUUGAACAGCUUAAAAUGGCACUCUAAGUACCAUUUCAGUGGCUUUAGUAAUGGUGCAGAGAAAUCUUUUCUGACCAAUUUCAAAUCCACCCCCCAGUAUAUAUCCCUCCAAAUAUAAGCAACGUUGGUAGGCUAUGAGUACUUGUGGGUGGGGGGACUUACCUCUGUGCUCACAGCCACAAUCCUCAUCAUCUCGCUGGCUGCAGGGAGGAUGUACUUUGGUUGCCAGGUGAGGCGCGUUAUUGCACUGCUUGAAAACCGCUUUACUAAAACCAGAGGGACUGCACUCAAUCCAUUUGCAUCAUAACCAUUAUGAUAAGCUCCCUUUAGGGCACCCCUAUAAUGAUUCAAAAUGACUAUUAGAAAUUGUUUAUUGCUCUAACUCUGUGGGGUUGCAUAUAAAGAAGUCUCAAUGUAACACAACAUAGGUGAUCCAGUGGUGUAAUUAUCUCUAAGUGAAUUUGUCAUUGUGUUUAAUCCUUUAAAUGAGGUUCACUCACCCUGUCUCGUAUAUAAAGUAAUGUGUCUUAUUGGAAAUAUCAUUCCCUGUUCACAGUAGGUUCUUUUAUUUCUCUGCAGACCAUUUCCUGUGAUUUUGGCCCCUGUAAUAUUCAACUCAUCCAUCUGUAAUGUCAAUGUGUCUGUCCAGCUGGGAGAGGCACAACCUUUUGCUGUGGGAUUUUCAUCUAUUUCACUAGGUAAGAUGCAAGCUUUAUAUAUUUUUUAUUUUACCACUUGUUCUUGCAUACUUGCUCUCAUUGCUGGAUGUGGAAGUCUUCUUACAUUGUGCCAACUCUGGACCAAACACCCAGAUAUGUUCUAAUACUGCUUACUAAACAUGUUUUAUCUUUUGAAAAUAGCGCUUUUAUGAUCAUUCCAUCCUGACCUCGAUUAUCUGUAUCCAAGGAAUCUGUUAUUUUUUUUAGGGUUGUGUGUGGUUUGUCCAAUAAUAUUAGACUGAGUUGGUAAAGGUGAACUUAUUGAGGUUUAAACUCUAGUGGAAAUUCCAUAACCUAGUGUGGUACCUAGGCAAUACAUGCAAUAAAAUAAAUGUAGGCUGAGCAGCCAGACUUGAUAGGAAGUAUCUGUCUGUUUCUAUGUGUUUACCUGCCAAGUCAAAUUCCAAUUGGAGUCAAAUUGCCAGGCAGUGAAAUUGAUCACAGGCAGGUUAUGGCUGAAUGCCUUAGUACCCUGUUUUGUCUAGUGUGAUAAAAAAUACUCUCAGUUCAUAGUAAGUGGAGUCGUAUUUAUGUUCUAAUUUUUUCCCUCAUGUUUUGACAAGUUUAUAAAAUUAAAUGUAAUGCUUGUUAUGUUGUGUUAUGUUCCUGGAAAUCCUUGGUGAUUAGAAAUAUUAGAUUUAGAUACGUUUACUUGUGCUGUAUUAUUUUUUAAAUUUUAUUAUUAAGCAUUAAUAUUCACAUUUAUCCUAUGCACCACAAUGUUUUUUUUGGUUGUUUUUUUUUACCAUGUGGCAUUGACUUGAUUAAACAUUUAGCUCUUCCUGGUACUCGGCGGCAUACUAAUAUUAGUUCAUGCUCUGAGCAGAGAAAAAGCCGUGCUUAUAUUGCUGCCUAGUGACACCUCUAGGUGCAGUCACUUAGAUUGCCACCAGAGUCCACUGCUACACCGUGUGCAGCACCUGCCUUCAGCAUCUCCACACAUUGCAUGGAGGUGCUGAUCAUUACCCAUAGAGAUGCAUCUGUUACUAAUGGUAAUUAGGUAAAAUAGGUGAGAAAUUCUGUUCUGAUCAUUUGUUUGAUGUCUGUUUCUCUUCUUCAGAGUUCAAACACUUACGUACCCAGAAUCUGCAUCAAAGGGCUGUUCUCUCUGUGAGCAAUCUGUGCUGGAGGGUGGGAAAGGACUCCCAUAUCCAGCAAGCUCUCCAUCUACCAAGUACGCACGUUUGGGGAGAGGCUUUUGUUCUUGAUUCCUUCAGUUUACAGGUAAGAAAUGAGAAGAACACAAAUGCUGAGUGUUUUGACAGGUGCAAUACUCACUAGGCGGCUCAUUCUUUUCCAUUUUUGUAAAGCAGUUACUUCAUUUUGCAAACUGUGUCCAGUGGAUUUUUCCUUUAGGUGGGGCUUACUGAGCUUUUAGUUAUAGGGACACUAUAGGCAACCAGAUCACUUCAGCUCAUUGAAGUGGUCUGGGUGCACUGUCCCUUUCCCCAUUAAUCCUGCAAUGUUUUACAUUGCAGUUUUAGAUAAACUGCAAUGAUUACUUUGCAGGACUAAGACUCCUUCUAGCGGCUGUCAGUCAGACAGACACUAGAGGCUCUUCUGCUUGCUAGGCGACUUUUGGUCAACUGCAAGAGGACAUCCAGCGUCCGUUAAAUUCCCUUAGGAAAGCAUUGCAGCAAUGCUUUCCUAUGGAGAGGGCUUAAUGCUCUCAUGACGCUUGCCGCGCAGCUUGUAUUCCUUACACUAUUGAAUCUCUUUAAAAUGAAGACAGAAGUAGCAUUGUGCUUCUUUUUUGUUACGUUCUGUAUAUUAAAAAAAAUUUUUUAUUCAAGUCCUCAAUCUAUUUGAUGUCCAAUAUAAGGGUGAUUUAACUAAACACUAGAUCGUAGUGGAUUGAUAUUGAAAAUUUUGGCUAAAAUAGCUGAUUUGGAAAAAAAAAACUUAAAAAGCUUCAAUUCUGCUGUAGUCGCAUCUUGUUAAUUUGGCCUAAAUGUUGCACUUCUCAUUUCAAUCCACUACAAUUCAGCACCUGGGCUGAAAAGUCAAUCUACCCAGUAAUGGCUUAUAAAUGUGUGAUUAGUUUUGUUGUUAUGCACCUUUAAAACUGGCACACUCAUUUUCAUUUGAAGCAAAUUCUGUGUAAUUAUAUAUAUUUUUUUGUAAUAUCUAUAGCUAUUGUUGGACUUAAAAUAUUCACAUGCUCAUCCAGCCGAGGCUUGAUUAGAUCUAUAUGUGUUUUCCAGGGCAGCUACAAUAAAUCUCUGGGUGGAGGCAUUAUGCAGGCAGACACACUCUUCAUAGAGUCUACUGUACAGGGUCUGCAGGUAGAGUUCUCAGAUACCUGCGUGGAAUGUCUCUCCCGCGUACUAAGCCUGCUCCCUAACCAGCCAAAAUAUCCAGUUCCAUCAUCACAGAAUGCACUCGCUGUAACCUCUCCAUUUGGGGAACCAUGCAGCAAACUGGCAGUCCUUUGGAGAGUGGAUGUCCGUGUGGAGGAAGUGAACCUGUUUACAUUGUCCACCAUGGUGGGUAAGUACAUAAGUCACCUGUACGUGAGAAGGAACUCAUUUAACCUCCAGACAUUUGACAUUUAAAGUGACUUUGCAUCCUUUGCUUCUGAAGUCAAACUGUUCUCUUUUGCAUGCCAGCACCUUAGUGAAACUAACCACAUUAAGAGGUUUAGAUUCAAUGCCAUGUUCGUGAAAACACUAUCCUAUCUGUUUGGGAUGCGUUUUAAACAGAACACCAUUGUCUCCUUCAUUGCAGGUGCUUCACAAGUCAGAAUAGACCUUUUUACUGUACAGGGAAGUGCUGAAAGCUGCAAUGUAAGGCUGCACGGCUUUGCCUUGUCUCUACUGAAAUCUGUCACUGAGAAGAUGGAACUUUGCUGCAAGUCUGUAGACAUUCCUGAACCACUGCUCUACUUUUCCACCCUGUCCUCCACAUACUUCACUACUAUCCAUUCUUUAGAGGUAUGAUUGCUAGAAUUUCCUGGUUGUGUCACACUACCCGUCUUUAAUGUGGAUGCUUAAAACCAAGCAUCAUAAUAUCUCUGAGUGUUUGUAACUUAGUGAAUAAUAAUGAAUAAUAGCAGUUUUUACAUACUAGAAUAUAUAUGUUAUGCUAUUUAAAACACUACAUUGUAGUUUUUUAUUUCUUUAAACUCUGUUUUGAAAUAAAUAAAUAUAUAUAUAUAUAUAUAUAUAUAUAUAUAUAUAUAUAUAUAUUAUUUAUAUUAUUUUUAAUCACAUGUUCUAAUAAUACAGGAUGUUCUAACUACAAUCAAGUUAUCCUAAUCUACAAAAAACACUGAUAACUCUAAAAUAUUCAACUUUUACUCUGUUAGUUUAGAAAUCCACUGAAAACUAGCAAUGGCAUCGGACAUGCUUGUUAAUACAUAGGUCAAUGUAUAGGAGCAGCAGUGUAAAAGGCAUCUACUCUUCUACUUUACAGUGUGAUUUAUCAAAUUACGAUCCACACAGGUACAGUGUUAGCCAUAGAUCUACUGGAAACUAGUAAAAAAUCAGGUGAUAUCUGUAUUGAUCCAUUACGUAGAAUGCAGGCCCAAAUCUCCUUUUCAUGCAUUGAUACUGAUAUAAAGCAUCUACUACUAGCAUAGAUGUAAAUGUAAUUAACAGUGAGGCUUUACGGCUUUUACCUACUUAACUAAUGAUGGUAUCACAAUUUCUUGUAAGCAGUGAGCUCUGAUUCAAAGGUUGUGAAGACACGUCUGUGGCCCUGUCAAAGUAGUAUCUUGUUAAAAUGUAUGUUUAGCUUAACAAAGAGAAACUAAGGGUUAUGACUUUUGUGCUGUUAGUAUAGUGCCUAACAAUGCAUUCCUGUAUUUGCAUACCAAGAUAACAGAGCUGGGAACCAAAGUAAAAUUUUAAAUUGCCUGGCUAAUUCCUGGCAGUAACCUCUGAAUUAUCACAUUUUAAUUCAUUUACACCAGUAUCACUGUUAUAUAAUUUUUAUGGAGUGUAAUUUGGAGCAAAGGGAAGCCAAGAAUACACUUCAUUCUGCUACAUGGGUCCAGGAGCUUAGUGUCUUCAUUGUUUAUCAUCUUCCAGUGAGGUGAUGUGAUGUGUGCAUUAUUAGCAUUUAUAUAGUGCCAACAUAUUCUGCAGCGCAUAUACGCAUUUACAAACCAAACACAGAGAAUCGUGCGACCUUAGGAGAAUUGCGCUGAAUGCCAUGUGGUGCAGAAUCCACUGGAUGUAAAUAAUAAUAAAUAAAUAAAGUAUAACUAAUAGCAAGAUUCUGGCUACGAGAUUCUUGCCAUCCACUAAAAUGCUAUUAUGUAAUAAAUCUACAUAGCUAAGGCGGUAUUGUGCCACUAAAAUGUUGACACUGAUUCUCUUUUUUUGUUGUUGUUUAUUUUGGGUAAGGAUUAAUAUAUAACAGCUUAAUUUUUUGACUGUUAAUAUUAAAACAAUUCAUGACCUACUUCUAAUGGGAAAUAUUUAUUCAUUACAUGCUUCUGUUACUGGUUAUUGAUUAGAAUCACAUGAAAUCACUGCAAGAUUACAUGUUAAGUUUGCAUAGUGUAAUGUUUUGACAGAUAUCACAUUUAUUUGUAGUUUAGAAGACACAAAAAUGUAAGUUGGUUAGAUGUUAAAAUGCAAAGCUCCAUUUGUUGAAUAUGUAAAAAUUGGUAUUUUUCGAUAUACAGGUUCAAUGUGACAAUGAACUGUUUCUGCACUGGAGUCCCUGUGAUCAUAUGUACUUGUACCAGCACACUUUGUCUACCCUGCAGUGCAGGGAUCUGCUGCUUACAACAUUGAACAGAGAGGCCCAGCCCUCCGCAUCAACCACUGAGGGCAAAGACAGUUUUCCUCCUAUGUCACCAAAUUCUGUUACUAGAAGUCCAGGCACUGAGCCUGGUUGUCACAGAAAAGGACUGCAGAUCACACUGGAAAUUAAUUCUGUGAAAUUGGAGAUUGAUGUUUCACAAACAAACUGCUUUCUGUUCACUGGUCAGAGCAUCUGGUUGAACCAGAAUGGUGGUUCCCUUCAGGUGCGUUCCCCAGAGGUGACUGUCAAUGUUGAUGGACACAAUAUCUUUCUGUUUAAAGAUAUUGAUGCACAAAGACUACCUGAACUGGAAGAUAUGUUGUUGCACCGCAGCCACUUUCCCUCACUGCUCACCGAGAGGAACCGAGCUUGGGUUCUUUCUCUUAGCAGCAUGUCCAUGGAGUUCCCUCAUAGAUAUGACUUCUCCUGCAUCCUUGAUAAAGCCAUUGGGGUGCAAAAGUGGUUGAAAGGUCUUCAUCGCACACAACGAACUGAACCUGAGCCUCUCCCACCAGACCUGGUGCUGAGGGUCAAGCAGUUUUCUUUUGCAUUCCUGGACGAUGUGUUUGAGGUUAAAUUGAGAGACAACUAUGAGUUGAUGAAAGACGAGAGCAAGGAGAGUGCCAAGAGGUUGCGACUCCUGGACGAUAAAGUUGCUGCUCUGCGCAAGCAGCAUGGAGAGCUGCUUCCUGCGAGGAAGAUCGAGGAGUUGUAUGCGUCCCUUGAGAAGAAGAACAUAGAGAUAUAUAUUCAGCGCUCAAAGCGUUUGUAUAGUAACACUCCAAUGAGAAAGUCACUGCUGACCUGGACUAUGUCUGACCUUGAAGUGGUAGCAUUGGCAGACGAAUCACUUCACGGGCCAGAAAAGGUGGUAGAGAACAUGAGGGACAUUGACAGCAUUAGCCCUUUUCCCUCUGAAGGUUUACCUCUAGUUAUACAGUGGUGUCGCAUGAUGAAGUGCUCUUUGAAAACCUUUUACGGUGAGCAAUUGCAUAAUUCCACAUGUAGAGUUAUUCCAGGCAUCCAUUGUGUUACGUGAAGUUAGAUCACACUUGGUUAUGGUGGGGUCUGGGUUUGUAAUACAUUUCUUUAGUUAAAAAUAAAUAAAUACAUACAUAGUUCUGCUCCAUAAGCUCACUCCUUGUAUUUUUACCCUAACCCACGGAUAGGCUAUCUUCGGCACUCCAGAUGUUGUGGACUACAUGUUCCAUGAUACUUUGCCAGCAUUAUGGCUGUAAGAGGAUUAUGGGAGAUGUAGUCCAAAACAUCUGGAGUGCCGAAGGUUGCCUAUCCUGCCCUAACCUUUCUCCUUAGUUCCAGUAAUACAGCUGUAUGUCAUUACAUGUAGUAGCUCUUUUAUACUAAGAAACUGCUCAGCACAACUUGUUUUUGUUCAGUAAUUACUUUCUACAGUAGAAAGCUGACAGUUCAUUCCAGGAAUUCCCUGCUAUGUCAAAAAUGUAAAUAAUAAAAAUUUAAAUUUAAAAAAACUUUGAACGUGUCCAUGGGUGCAAAGUUAAGUGGUCUGCCUGCAGACCAGUUGAGAACAUCUCAUUCUGGUCUAUGAUGACUAAUAUCAUUAUAUAAUCCCUGUCCUGGUGAUAAUUUUGAGAGUAGUAUCUUAUACCCAAAGCACAGGUCCAAGCAUCACACAGAAUGACUGGAAGUUCACUUUAAACUGAUAGCAGACAUCUUGUGGAUCCUCUCAGCUUAUUUUCAGCUAAGUUCAGCGAACAUAGCUGUAUGUUUGUAUUGGGAAGGUGAGAGAACCUUCCCUAUUGUGUAUGCAAGCUUGUUGCAAUCAUAAAAUUGACUAUGGCUGCCCGGCACUAAGUGGGAUAAAAGUUUACAUAAUCUUAGCACUUCCAUAGAAAAUAUGAGACCAUAAAGUAUGAGUUUCAAUUAUGAGUAAUUUUCUUAAUGAUUUUAGUUAUUUUUCCAUAUAUUGUUUAUGCAGAUAAUGCAUUUUAAAAAAGCAUGGAUCAACACCAGCAUGUCCCUUUACUAUAUGAUUAUAUCUUCAUUGAGGGAUAUCACUAAUGGAAAUAGAUAGAAUUUCAUAUGGCGUAUAAUAGUUACUAAGAGCACGGUUCAACUAGUAAGCAUAGAGGACUGCCUUACUAUAGACUAUUUUAAAUUAUAAAUAAUUUCACCAUCUUAAUCUUUUUAUAGAGAAAUCUGUGUAUUUGUUUUCUUGAUGACACCAUUUAUUCAGUUCCAGCCAAUAUUCAUUUGUCUGUUCUUGUAUUCCAAUUAAUGUUUACAUGGCAUGCUAGACAAAAUGAGCACAGGUAUUAAUAAGAUGAAAAAAAUGAAGAGUUUCAGACAGAGUGAUCUAUUUACUAUAUCAAGAGUGCCCAAAAUGUAGACCCCACAUGUUAUUGUUGUAUAAAUAUUAUGAGCUAAAUGUAAAGGUUUUGAUGAAGAUUAAAUUUUCUAAUACAAUGCUUACAUUAAGUGUUUGCUAUCUUUAAUUUUACCCUAUUUCUUGAAUUUCAGUGCGAAUUCGUGAUUAUCCCCGCUAUCUUUUUGAAAUUCGGGACUGGCACCUUUCUGGAAGACUUCUUGGGGCUGAACAAAGUGGGCAAGCAAGUGCACGCCGGAAACAAGUCAUACAACUAGGCAUGCCGUGGGGGGAUGCAAUUGUAGAAAGGAACAUGCCACCUCUAAAGUUCUUCCAUGACUUUCAUUGUAAGUGACCACAAGUGAAUAAUCGCAGUACCAAAAAUGUCUAGCUAAACAAUCGUUACAGAGGUCCUUGUUGGUGGAAGUGAGCCAUGAUUUGUUAGAAAAAUGUGACAGGCAACAAAAGUUCUUUAGAUUUCAUCAAUGUUAGAAUGUGGGUAGUUGUGUAUAUUAGACUACAGUGCUCAUAAUUCUUUGUAGCAAAUUGUUAUAAAAAUCCAUUUAUCGGUAGUGGGAUGUCUAUGGUCCACUUCAUUACAGUAAGAGAGCAGAUACCUGUUAAUAACUUCUAAAUGCACUCUAACACAAAUAUUUGUCUGUUGUUUAUCUGUAGAUUUGUUGAUCCAUUUCAAUAACAGGAUUUCAUAUAUUUUAUCCACCACCUUCUGAAUCCAAUAUCUUAUUGUUAAUUGGAUAUUUACAGACCAUCAUUAGGGGUCUGCUUCAUUUUAUGUAAAAUUGGCUCUUUUACAGAAAGAAAGCUUUUUUUCCCUAGAUUGUGCCAUUCAUUUCUUUAUUAGGUACACCAGAAUGUUUCAUCUUGCCAUUAAUGCUUCAAAUAAGAUUAGACAAAGCAAUUUGAAAGCAGGACAUCUAAGUCCUAGACCAAUUAGUGGUCUGUUACAGGUUCGUAGCGCCUCCAGAUGAACUUUUACUGCUUGUGUGUGUAUGUGACAAGAUCAGCAAUAAAAAUCAAAUUACAUCUGUGUGGGGUUUGGAUACCUUGCAGUUGAAAUUAGUUAUUUUAAUUAAAAGAAAUGGCAAAUUAAAAAAUAAUUCACAGCAGUCAUUUAAGGAAAUGAACCAGUUAAUCGGGUGGGAGAUUAUAAGUAAGUUUAAUGCAUCAAAGGGAAAUAAUAUUACAUUUUCUCAAGUUUCUCUAGAAUUAUCUGAAUAAUAAAUCAGAAUGAAGAAGUUCUUUUUGAUGGGAUAGUUACAUCUGUGUUUGUUGGUUGCAGCCGAGAUUCAGCUGUAUACUAUAGUUUGGGGUCCAUGCUGGGACCCUGCCUGGACUUUGGUGGGGCAAUAUGUUGACCUCCUCUCCAAGCCUUCCGUAGACCCUAGUGCUCCUCUGCCUUGGUGGGAUAAGAGCCGAUUGCUCCUUCAUGGACACUUCAGCAUGGACAUUGAACAGGCUAAUCUACAUCAGCUGGCUACUGAGGUAAUACUACGUAAUCAAAUAGAAGAUGUCCAACAUACAUCAUUAAGCCACAAGUUUACAUUAUAAGAUGGAUCAUUAUAUUAUGAGAUAGGCCCAACGUUAUGGUUGUGUUUAUCUGUCUGAUCUAUUCCUCUCAUAGGAUCCAUAUAAUACGACGGAGAACAUGCACUGGGAAUGGAACCGCCUCAAGUUUGCCUGGAAUCCUGGGCAAUUCAUCUUCAAAGGAGACAUGGAUGUUAAUGUCCGGACAGCCUCCAAGUUAGUAAGCGGAAGCACAGCUACAGAUUUAAAAAAGGGGGGGGGGGGGAACGGUGACAAAGUGGACCUGUUUAAAAUAGUUGUGAUACUUACCCUUCUAGUAAAUACCAAUACGUGGGUGCGCAAAUUAUUACUAUAAAAAUACAUUGAAAAAGUGACAGUCUGCCAAAAGUGUAACUUUUACACUAAUAAACUUACAGAAUGCCAAAAUUGAAUUCAUGUGCUAAAAUCACAACACAUAUGUAAAAGUGAUUUUGUAGCAAUAAAGAAGCAAAAACAGAUAUACUUGCAUUAAUUCUUAUGUUGGACCAAAGGUUCUAUAAAUAAAGAACAUAAAAACAGUCCUAGUGCAACACUGUAAGUAAAACAGAAAAAAAAAGACUGACAAUCUAAAUGGUUAAACUCACAAGUACAGAGUAGUUGGAUUAUACACAAAACUGUAGUGACCAGGGAGUCCCCUGAGUACAUGGGAUCCAGUAGUAUUUGAGUACAGACUCACAACCAGCUGAAAAAUCUUUCUUGAAACCUUUAUUUAAUACAACAAAUAUUAAAAGCAAUUCAAUGUCAACGAAGGCAGACUCCUGAACAAAAAAGGCCUGCUGUCGGCUAAUACAGGAUGCAGUCCAUGUAUUUCUCGGUUCUCUUGUCCUGUCAGCCUCAGCGUUUCUCUCUGUCCGUAAUGGAGCGUGCACUUCCGGGUCUUGGCUCGCGCCACAUGGAGCGUGGAGACUUACCCUACUAAACAUAAUUAUUAAUGUAGCUUUUAAGAAAUUCAUCUGUAAGCCCUGUACAGACAUUAUUCUUGAAUCAUAUCAAUUUUAUUACAUUUUAUAAUUCGUCCUUGGCGAAUUUUGAUUCUGGUAUGUAGCCAUGUGAUAAAACAAAGGUGCCCUGUUCGUUUAAUUCCUUUGUUGUUGAAGAAAAAGCAAAACCUUUGUAUACAUCAUUUUUUAAAUUUGGUGAAUAACAAAUACAACAGAUCUUUUAUAUUUUCUUUGCAUGAGUCUAGGCUUAUGGUUUGCCUAAGUUGAAUAGAACAUUUUGAUUGUACUCUGUCAACACAGUGAGUGAGGGAGUUUAAGCAUGCGUGGGAUAGGCAUAAGGCUAUCCUAACUAUAAGAUAAGGCUAGGGACUAAUUCAAAGUAUUUUGAAAUAUUGGGCAGACUAAAUGGGCUGAAUGGUUCUUAUCUGCCGUCACAUUCUAUGUUUCUAUAUGAAAGGGAAGCAUAACUUCUCAGGAUUUUUAGUAUAUUGUUUACUUUUCCUCUAGAUUUAUCAAGUAUAUGUCUGGAAAAUAAAAUGAAAUGUAGACAUCCCCUCUAUCCUUAAACUUUUAUCUUGACUCAUUGUCAGUCAUCGUUAUAUUUACUUCCAUUUGUAUCUGUAAGUCAGCACAGACAGAGCAUGGAAGGAGGAGGAGAAACAUAAACAGUGGUUUAACAAACAAUUGCUACGUCUUUAAUAUACAUUCAUGAGAAAGCAGAGCAAGGUUAUUACAUCAGUUAUUGGUGACAUUCAAUUUGUUAUUCUAUAGUGCACUUUCUAGAGAUGUGGCAGUUCUGCUUUAAUAGCAUAUAGCUGAUUAUAUAGGCAGUGGAAAGUUGCAUCUUCCAUGAAUUUGUUUUUCUAUGUGUCGACUCCAUGUUAUUCUUCGAAUUAGAUAUAGUUGACAUGUUAUAUUUUGUAAAAGUGUCAGCAGUUUUUAUUGUAUUUUAUAUGUACUGCACAAAAGCAAUUUCAAGUUACACAGGAAAAGGUCUUAUGUCCUAUUGUGAUCCACUUCCUAAAAAAAUCCUGUUUUUUUUUUUGUUUCUUUGCAGGUAUGAUGACUGUUGCUUUCUUCAUUUACUGGAUCUCUGCAUGAUAUUUGACCUUCAGUGGCUGUGCCAUGGAAACCCUCAUGACCAUCAUAAUGUAGCACUUCGUUCCCCAGACUUCCUACCGGAAUUCUCAUCCAUCCAACCACAUGACUCUUACUGUGCCUUCCGUUCCGAGAACCUUAAUCUCUCCAUCAAGAUGGACCUAACCCAGUCACAUGGUGGUACGUGAGCAAUAAAUGUAUUGUCUCUUCUUGUUAUUUCAUAUUUCAAUUGUAAUUUAGGAACUGUGUAUGUUACGUGAAACCAUUGCUCAACAAAGAGACAUUGUAGAAUUGAACUUUAAUUUUAUGUGUGUGUAUAUAUAUAUAUAUAUAUAGUUUAGUUUUAUCCUGUAAUCCAUGAACCAGUUUAGUAGCCCUUCUCUGAACUCUUUCCAAAGUAUCAAUAUUCUUCUGGAGAUACGGUCUCCUGUACUGCGUACAACAUUCCAAGUAAGGUCUCAUCAGUGCUCUCUACAGUAGCAUGGACACUUCCCUCUUUCUACUGCUAAUACCUCUCCCUAUACAACCAAGCAUUCUGCUAGCAUUUCCUGCUGCUCUAUUACAUUGUCUGCCUACCUUUAAGUCAUCAGAAAUAAUCACCCCUAAAUUCCUUUCCUCAAUUGUUGAGGUUAGGACUCUAUCAAAUAUUCUGUACUCUGCCCUUGGGUUUUUAUGCCCCAGAUGCAUUAUCUUGCACUUAUCCACAUUAAAUUUCAGUUGCCACAACUCUGACCAUUUUUCUAAUUUACCUAAAUCAUUUGCCAUUUGGCUUAUGCCUCCUGGAACAUCAACCCUGUUGAAAAUUUUAAUAUCAUCAGCAAAAAGACAUACCUUACCAUCAAGACCGUCUGCAAUAUCACUAAUAAAAAUAUUGAAGAGAAUGGAUCCAUGUACAGAUCCCUGAGGUACCCCACUGGUAACUAGACCUUGAUAGAAACAUAGAAUGAGAUGGGAGAUAAGAAACAUUUGGCCCAUCUAGUCUGCCCAAUUUAUUUUAAAUACUUUUAAUUAGUCCCUAGCCUUAUCUUAUAGUUAGGAUAGCCUUAUGCCUAUCCCACGCAUGCUUAAACUCCCUCACUGUAUUAACCUCUACCACUUCAGCUGGAAGGCUAUUCCAUGCGGCCACUAUCCUCUAUGCAAAGUAAUACCUCCUGAAAUUAUUUUUAAGCCUUUGCCCCUCUAAUUUAAGACUAUGUCCUCUUGUUGUGGUAGUGUGUGUGUCAGUGAGCAUUCUUUAUCUCCUAUACAGAAGCCUCUCAGCCACGUAUCUUGCUAUAUAGCAGCACCUUGCGCUGGAUGCAGAAUUUUUGGGCUACGUGGAGCAGUGUUACACGACCUAUCUGCCGAGGGAAGCUCUUUCACAACUUGAAGCCAGGCAAGAAGAAGCUCGGGCAGCAUUACAAGCAGCUAUCUUACACAGCCUUGUUUCCACAGUUGCAGGUGAACUUGUCCCUUGUGGCUGAUAUUUCCAAUGAUUACUAAACUUUUUUCUGACUUUUCCUGUGUUACUAAUCCGCUUCACUUUUAGAUUCACUACUGGGCAUCGUUUGCACAGCAAAGGGGGAUCCAAGUUGAAUGCAGUCAAGGAGAAAUAUUUACCCGUGGUGUGCAAAGGCUUAUUCCACAAGGUAAUAUAAAAGAAGAUAAUGUAGGCAUAUUUUCAAAGAUAUGUACAUUACUUUGACUAUGUGGGCCUUAACAUACCCCCCAGGGAGCGUUGGUUCCUUGUGAUAUUAAUUUUGACUCCCUAAUUUCUUAGAGAACAUUACAUAACACAGUAUUUUAGAUGGAUGACAAAAGUUCAUAUGUAUUAUUAAAAUAUAUUUAUUUUGUUGGCAUGUGGCAGCCAUUAUACAUAAUUAACCUCAGAUGUUUAUGUGUGAUGUUCAUGUAUGUUUCCUGACUCACUGACUGUUUCUUAUGUUCUGGUAGCUGGGACUGUGAUGCGCCGUCUUAUAUCUGAGUGGAACGUGCCUCAGAUGACCAGCAAGUUAAAUGUGGUGACUGUACACCUCAUGGCUUCAACCUGUGAUGAGAAUGCUGACCACCAGCUGGACUGCCAAGUUCAGAAAACACAUCUCCUUAGCCUUUCCUCACUGAGCUAUGACAGACAGGUAAGACAAACAAAAAGCUAAAUUUAAUGUUAUUCAUUUUUUUUAUUAUUUGUGUUGCAUGUUCUCACCCAAUUUGGAAUGGUCCUCCCAUUACAGGAACUCUCUGCCACAGAUGAAGAAAAUGCCACCUAUACCCAUCGCUUGCAUCUGGUGGAUCUACGGGCCUCUUGGACAACACUAAACCGAGACAUUGCGUUUGGCCUGUAUGAUGGCUACAAGAAAGCAGCUGUGCUGAAACGCAAUCUGUCUACAGAGGCACUGAAAGGGCUUAAGAUUGACACUCAAAUUCAAGCCAAAAAACCAAAGCGUGGCUCCGUGCGCAACUUCCCCAGUACAAAAAAGGUCACCGCACCUGUUGUCACGGGAAGAACAGAAAGGUCACCGUCAGGAGGUGUGAGAAGCUUACAUGUUUCUGCUGUUUAUUUGGUAGUCCAAAAUUAGAUCAUAUUUUGUAAACCUCCAAACAUACAUCCGUUUGCUAGUUUUGUUAUUAGUGUUUGGUAACACAGGAGGCAUUUUUUUUUUUCACAUUUGUUUUUAUAGUGAUUUUAUCCUGGGUGUCUUAGAAAUAAUUAAUUAUACAUUAAAUAGUAAGGACAAGCAACUACCACCAAUGCAAACCAAUCAAUAAGAUUAAAUCAGAUUAGUUGAUGGGAACAAAAUAAAAUGGUACAAAUAGGCUCAUGAAGUGAAAGUAUUGGGGGGAAAUUUGUAUUGUUAGACAAGCUGGUUAUGUGAUAAAAUAGAAGUAAUGUAAUCAAGUAUGUUAAAAAAGACACUUUUCAGUGCAUAUGGAUAUAAUGCAUGAAAUAAACUAAACAAAUUAUAAAUAAACUAAACAAAUUAUAAAGAUACUCAUUAAGAUCAAAUCCUGCACUUGCUGCAGUGAUGUCUGCAGAGACUAGGAAGUGGCUGAGAUCAUCAAUCCAGGAUCUUCCAUUGUUUUUAAUGUGAGCACUAUACAAAUACAGUUCAGGGUUUAUGUGAUAUGUAGUAUAGAUAUGAGCUGUUUACGGAAAGUUGUACAGCCACUUGUACAGUGUUGCUCUUGCUAAUAGUUGCGCAAGUUGUCCAUGCUUAUGUCAGCUAUGCAGCUUUUUUUCACAGAAAACUAUUCUGAAGAUGUCUACAUGAAUUCUUCAUGCUUCUCUUGCAGGGGCGGACAUGCUGCAGAAACUGAUAGAUGAGACCGAUAAGUUUGUGGUGUUCACAGAGGAGGAAUCUGGAGUGAGCGAGCAGCUUUGUGGCAAAGCUCCUUGUCAGGACAAAGACAUCUAUAACCACAACUGGCUCAUUGAGCUGGUUAACUGUCAGGUAACUGUCACAGGCAAUAUUUGCCAGUCCACUCAGGGCACUUUUUAUGGCUUGAAACAGGCCAAGCUUAUACAUACUGCUAUUUUCUUUAGCCUGUUCCAUAUCCUGCUUGUGUGGCAAGAGCUAAAUAAAUCUAUAAAACUUUUAAGUAAAAAUACAGCAGUGGCAUUGUUCUUCCUGUUUUUACAGAUGGUUCUUAGAGGAGCAGAGACAGAGGGAUGUGUCAUUGUAUCUGCAGCAAAAGCUCAGCUCUUGCAGUGCCAACAUUAUCCCUCCUGGUAUGGAGACACCCUGAAGCAGAAAACAUCAUGGACAUGCCAGCUUGACAGUAUGCAAUAUUUUGCCACCACCGAGAGCAGCCCAAGUGAUGGAGAAGACAGCCAACAAUGGUUAGAGGUCAGUCUACCAAGACCUCAUCCAUUAGCUUGGUCUUGUUAUACUCAGCGCUAUGUUAUGUAUGUGUCCAAUUCUAUGCUGUUUUAAGAUGUGUUAAUACUGUAUAUUAACAUGUUUCCUUUAGGUGAAGAACAUAGAGGAGCAUCGUCACAGGAAUCUAGACUCUGUGCAGGAACUCAUGGACAGUGGUCAGGCUGUCGGGGGCAUGGUUAGCACUACCACAGGUCAGAAAUUCGGCAGUGCUUUAAAAGCAUUCCUCAUUUGCCAGUCUUAUUAUUUUUAUAAUGUGCUUCUCUAAAACCAACUUCCACAAUACUGGAUCUUUUAGGUAAAGAUCAUAAUAACUUAAAGUAACAUUUCAAUUAAGAAUUAUGUGAUUACAUAUAUAUAUUUUUGUAAAAUAUGAUUGGUUCCUUAUAUAGGAUUUUGGGCCCUCAUUGUUACUUUGUAAAAAAUGUUAUACUCAAUUAAACUUGCCUAUUCCAGUAUCAGGACAGACUCCUGACUGCAGUUUCAUCCUUCUCUUGUAAACUCAUCAAUCCUGAGGAUAUUUGUCCUAUCCGAUGCUCUUCAUAUUAUAGCACGGUAAGGCGUGGGAAUUACAAAAUGUAAAGAGUGCUGUUUUCCAGCUGUCUCUUUAUUUCAGCAGACUGCUGCAUAUAGUAGGUUUUGAGAGCCUUGUAAGUGUACAGAGAACAGUGUCUGGUGAAACACAAAAUUUGGAGGAGGAUAUGGAGAAAUCAAAACCAUAGUUGAAGAUAGGAGAACUGUGUUGGUAUCAAUUCCUGCCAUAGAAAACCUUUCUCACAAAAUGCACCCGAAACAAAUCAUUUCAGUGACCAUAAACAUCAUAUUUUAGGAUACUUGCUGUCUAGCUGUCCAAGUUCUCAAGGGACAUUUAUAAUCAAGGAUUUAGGUAUCUCCCAUUCCCCGUUCCAGUGGGGUUACUGACUAGACCUUGGUCGGUGGUGUGCCCUGGAUUAGACUCACUGGGCUAAGAUAUCUAAAAUAUAUAUUAACUAUGCUAAGCGAAAUGGUUUGGAAGAUAUGAGUUUUCUGAACGUGGUUGAAUAUGGCAGGAGUUGAUAUUACAUUUAGUUCUCAAAAUAUAGAGCAGCUCAGACAAAAUUAUUGUAUUCUAGUUAGCAGGGAUCUGAUACGAGAGGUGGGAAACCAGAGAAGCAGAGAAGCUCUGCUGAGGGAAAUUUGCCAUUUAAUGUAAUGGCAACGAUACAUGUAAAACCUUGAUUUGAACAGGAAUAUUUGGAAUUUCAUGGCCUUUAAGAUUAUAAUUGGUUUUAUAUGUAGAAUUUCCAGAUCAAGAUAUGUUCUUUGUGGCUAUAUUAAGGAAUGUUGUCGAAGAGAGAAUGGGAUACCACAUUACAAUUUGUGCUCACCGUAGGCUUAUUAAUGAAUGUCCAUUUCAUUGAAAAAUGAAAGAUACCGAUCCAAUGCAACACAUUUUAGCAUUAUGUCAUGAUUGGUCUGAAAUGUGCUUCUAGGGAAUUUCCUUAAUUAAAUGUGUUAUUUAUAAGUGAGUGAAGGAUAUAUAUCCUCUGGAUGACUUUAUUGUAUCUUGGUAUGUCUUUGAUUUGUUCUGAUUUGUUUAUUUUGUUAACCAGCAGUAAAAGCAAAAAUAGGAAAUGUUGUGGAAAAGGAAUCACUCGCAUAUAUCACCAGAAGCGAAAACAACUUGGGGAACAAGUAGAAUGUGGAAUACAACUGCUUUGAAUCUCUCAAUUCACUUCAUAGGGAUUUAUGGUUACGAUAAAAUGCCAGCAAAAAUGAAUGAAUUGUCUGUAGGUUAGAUGGUGGGAUUUUAGUCGUCUAUUUUUUUGCUGUUGCUUUUUUUCUUCCCCUGUCUGUCACUCUGAGCUAUCCUGUCUGGACCAGCUGGCUGGGUGGGUGUUUCAGUAAGUUUGAUAUUUUUAUUUUGGCAAAUAGUUUGCUUUCUGCAGAAUGGUAGGAUUGAGUGAGCUAGUGCUAUUUUGCUAAUUUGCUUAUGGGGUUACAUAAUGCACAUCUUCCUAAAACCAACGUUUUCUCCUGUCAUAGACUGGAGUCAUCCGGCAGAGGCUCAGCAAAACCAACAGGUGCAAAGGAUCAUUUCUCGUUGUAACUGCCACAUGUAUUACAUCAGCUACAGCCAUGAUAUUGAUCCAGAGCUGGCAAUGCAGAUUAAACCUCCAUCAACACCUACACAUCCAGAGAAGGAAGAUUUAUUGAAAGGACAAGAGGGUAUGUGGAUUGCAUUUGUUUUGUUUUUCUAAGUGAUGCAUAGAACGGGGCGAUCGUAUAUGUAGAUUUGUUUAAAAAAUUUGGCAAUUGUGGACCUGUAAUGAAGAAAAAUUAUUGGAGAUUGUGAAUUUGUUGUGAAUCCAUGUAUGGGAUAGAAAUAUAAAUAGUUUACUUGAUUGAUGAAAAGAGGAGGGUGUGGGGAGUAUUUUCGCAGUAUGUUAGAGGGUGAGUGGUUGAGUAGAUGGAGUGUGUGUGGAAGAUAAUAGAAUGUAUAGGAUGGGAUUGUGUCUGGAUUAUCUGAGUCAAUAACAGGUAACUGUUUUUGGAAGUGCACUUAUCUGAAGAGAUUGGGCUCUGAAAAGCAAGUGUGUCCAGUGCAGAAAGGUUUGUGAAAUGCGUCUGGUAGUGAUUCAGUUAAUGCAGCGCCCGGGAGAAUUUAAGUGGUGUAUUUGUGGAAGGAGUAUGUAUAGAGUCUGUUUUCUUGAAAUAGUGCAUUGAAGGAUAGAAGGGCCUUGAGUGGUACUAUGUGUAAAAGCUGGGUGAAUUUGUAAAAAUAAUGAGGAUGUGGAGUGAAUUUGUGUUAAUAGUGAGCGUGGAGGUUGGUGAAGGUUUGGUAGUAUUGUAUGUGGAGGCGGGGAGGGAUGGAUUUAUGGUAAAAGUUCAUGUAGAGGAUGGGUGAAUGUGUGGUAAUAGUGAAAUAUAGAAACCUAGAAUGUGACGCCAGAUAAGAACCACUCGGUCCAUCUAGUCUGCCCAAUUUUCUAAAUACUCUCAUUAGGUCCCUGGCCUUAUCUUAUAGUUGGGAUAGCCUUAUGCCUAUCCCACGCAUGCUUAAACUCCGUCACUGUGUUAACCUCUACCACUUCAGCUGGAAGGCUGUUCCAUGCAUCCACUACCCUCUCAGUAAAGUAAUACUUCCUGAUAUUAUUUUUAAACCUAUACCCCUCUAAUUUAAGACUAUGUCCCCUUGUUGUGGUAGUCUUUCUUCUUUUAAAUAUAGUCUCCUCCUUUAUUGUGUUGAUUCCCUUUCAUGUAUUUAAAUGUUUUUAAAAUAAUCCCCUGUCUCAUCUUUCCUCCUGAGUGUGAAGGCUUGGUGAAUGAUUGGUAGUAGUUACAUGGAGGUGGGAAAAAUGUGGGAUAUAGUGCAUGGUGAGGCUAGGUAACUGUGUGGUGGUAGUGUCCAGACAGAAGAUACGUGAUAAAUAAGUAAGAGGUCUGAAGAAAUAGAGAGAUACUCACAGUUUGUCUUUGAUUGCAGCAGCUGCAGAUACUUUUACACUAAAACAUCAGCAUCUGGAGAUAUCCACCAACCCUGCUCAAUAUGCUAUGAUUUUGGACAUCGUCAACAACUUGUUACUACAUGUAGAACCAAAGCGAAAGGUAUGUUAUGCAGAUGUUCUAUAAAUUGCAGUCAUAGUUAGCCUGAAGCACUGGCAAACAAUAAACAAGUUUUGGAAGUGAUAAAGCUUGGUUGGUUGUUUUUUUCUUGACGAUUCAAACACUACAGAUUAGAUAUUGUCAACUAUUUACCAACUUUGUAAGUUCUUGAUGUUUUGUAUGUUUGAUCCUUUUCAUGUUUGUAGUAAAUGUAUGUUGAUAUCUGCAAUGAAUUCACAAUGAAUGUUGUAACAGCCAUCUGCAAUACAAAGAUGGCCUACCCUUUUCUUUAUCCUCUGUCCUCUCUAAACCUAGCCUUUAAUUCUAUAGAUAGCUUAUAGAGGCUGUAGAAUGCUCCAUUUUAAGAUUAUCGAAUCAAAGAUUUCAGUCUGCUAGUUCUAGAGGAAUUUACUCCCAGUUUUCUACCACCUCAUGACUUUCAGGAACACAGUGAGAAGAAGCAGCGUGUUCGUUUCCAGUUGGAGAUCUCCAGCAAUCCAGAGGAGCAGCGCAGCAGCAUUCUACAUCUUCAGGAAGCUGUGCGGCAACAUGUCCUGCAAAUACGCUUGCUGGAGAAACAAAUGUACUUAAUCAUGAAGGUUAGCACAUAAACCACAGAGCUACACGUUGACACACUUAUGAUGUAUGUGUAUUAAUCUAAAUAAAGACAUCUGCAUUCAAAGUGAUAACAGAUAAUCAUUCCUCUCUCAGUUACUGCAUGAUGAAAGUAAGAAUGAUUCUCUGCAUGAGCAGCAUCAGAAGCUCCAAGGCCAGUUAUGUCGGGAGAAGAUGGACCUGCAGCAGAAGAGUGAGGAGCUGAACAUUCUAAUCAGGUAAUGUGACUGGAGGUCACAACCUCAGCAGAUCAGCAAGAGCUCAUAUGCCCAGCCAUGGACUUCUCAUAUCAGCAAUGCAUUAUGGUACUUGACACCAGUCAGUGUAUCAGUCAUUACAGUGCCAUAAUAUUGAAUAUAUAUUUAAAUACGGCAUAAAUAUGUGCAUUUGGAUCUAUAAGCUUGGUUGGAACUAGUCUUUUACUAUGAAUUAUGCCCUGUUUUACUUAGUAUGAUAUGUAAGGGCUGUUGUUUUUUAUAAGGCAAUUUUAUGUGCUAUUUACAUUUAUCUUGGGUCAAUUUUCAAUGAAAAAUCAAUCCUGUUAAACCAUUAAAAAAAAAAAAUUAAAAAUGAAGAAGCUCUGCUUCAGGAAUCUUUGUCAAAACAUUUUCUUACAGCACAGUUCUCGGAGGAUUAUUCACUAAACUCCAUAUUAGCACAAAUUAAAUCCACAUGGAAAAACUGAGGCAAAAAAUAGCCAUGUUGUGGCUAUUAUAGAUUUGAAGAAUGUUUCCAGAUCAGCUAUUUGUGUGUCCUAUUUUCCAUUUGGAGUUUAUUGAAUAACCCUUGUAUACUAAACAACUGUAGCAGGUAAAAUACUAAAUUGUUGACAGAUUUUAAUAAUGUAAUUGUAAUUGUGAUUCCCAUGUUCCUUUUGUAACCAUUUCUUGUUUUCUGUGAUGGUAUUACCAAGAGACAACUGAUCAGUUUUUUAUUUUAUAGGUGCCUAGAUUGUCUCUUUAAGUCUAAACGAACAUAUGCCAUAAAUGUUAAGCAGUGGUUAUAAAUCGUAUAAGGAGGCUAAAUGCUAAAAGAGAACAUCCUUUAUUUCAGAUGUUUCAAAGAUUUCCAGCUACAGAGAGCAAACAAAAUGGAACUGCGCAAGCAGUCAGAGGACGUGAGCGUGGCACGUCGCACUGAGUUUUACUUUGCACAGGCACGGUGGCGUCUUACGGAGCAGGAUGGGCAGCUGGGCAUUGCAGAGCUAGAGCUACAGCGAUUCCUCUAUAGCAAGGUACUAGGAUCAGCCUACAACCUAAGAACUUGACAUAUACAGUACAAUUUGGAUGUUGUAAUCACAUUAAAGGAUUUAUCUUUUUCUGAAUGCAAAUAUAAUUCUAUUCUUUAAUGGGCAAAUGAAGGAUUCAUGGUAGGUAUAAUUUGUAGUAGAUCAUAGUUAUAAAUUACAUUUUCACAACCAUAUAGAAUUUAGUUUAAUGAAAACAUGUUUAGUGUCAAGCUCCUACCACCAUGUUUGCUUGUAGGAUGUUCCAUGCAUUUAAUAUUAUUUUUGUGUAAUAUUGUACUGGGAUUAUCCACUAAACCAGGAAAAGUCCAGAGCAUUGCGCAUACUAGGCCAAAAUAAGACCAGCUGAAUAAUGGGAUAAUAUUUCAAUAUGGCUAUUUUUUGGGGGGCUUAGAAUUUGCAACAUCUCGGUUAGUUCCUGACAAUAACCAGUUCAGUGAAUAUCCCUGAUUAUGUUGCCGACAACCUUCUACCCAUAUAUCUUCACAGUAUAUUCUGUCUUUUUCUAGCAUUUGUCUUAUAAACAGUGAUAGAACAUUUUUUUUUUUUUUAUGAGCAGUAAUCAAACUGAGGUAUACGAGAUGUAUUUGUUAACAACUGAUGGACCUAUACUUUAAUCAGACCAUGUAAAACCAGAGACCUCUUGCUGCUGGAGGAAUUAUUCAGAAAAUAGACCCUGGGUACAUAUAAAAUCCUAAAAACUAUACUGCAAAGCAUCAUGGGAGGUGUAGUCCAAAACAUCUGGAGUGCCAAAGAUACCUGGUCUACACUAUGUGUUACUGACAUAGAAAGGACAAUUGGGCCAACAUUUGGGUUGGGAUUCAUAAGCAGUUGAAAAUUAUCAUAACUUUUGAGGUGCCAUGUAGGUUAGCAGUACAUUAAUACUGACAAUAAUUUGUUUUCUUUAAACUUUUAUUCCAUUUAUAUAUUUAAUUGUGAAAACAAUGCAGAAGAAUGUUGUUCUAUUACGCUCAUUAAGCUAAUGUAUUCCAUUUGUCCUUCAUAGGUCAAUAAGUCUGAUGACACUGCAGAACAUCUGUUGGAGCUGGGUUGGUUUACCAUGAACAAUCUGCUGCCCAAUGCAGUCUAUAAGGUGAGAAGCACAUCUUGGCUCAUGGCCUGUGGAAUGGUGGUGGCCAUUAUGACUUUUGCUAAUAUUGUGGAAAAGCAUUAUAACUCUAUGUGCUUUCUCAUAUAAAAAACAGACCGGUGUCUGCAUUUUUUUAAAUAAAUGGGGUAGAGAAUUUUCCAAUCCCGUUUGACAAAAAUUAGAAAAUUGGUUUAGUGAAUUAUAUAAAUCAUUCCGUUGCCAGCUGUCCAUUUCCUUUCCAACCUGCCCAUGCAUUCACUGUGCUCACAAGACUUCACUAGCGUAUAACAUGUCGUAGACAAUAGGCACAUGAAUGUUGUUGACUCAAGAUGUUUUUUAUACAUAUUUGCACUUAUAUUUGUGUAUAUAAAUUCUUUUAUUGGCUUUGCACAUAUUAAAUAUUGCCCAGUUUGUUGAACCAUUCUUGUAGGCAUUAUCUGAAAAAAAACACUAUUGCACUUUAAUUUAUGCACUUUGAUUAAGCCAUUGAAGUUGAGGAUUAAUAUUGCAUUUUAUAAGAGUAUUCACUUUCAUUUUAUUAUUUACACUAUUCAAGUGGGAGAUCAUUGUUGCAUUUUAGUGUUCACUUCGAUUUUCGACACUGAAAUAAGAACUAAAUAGAUCUGACGCCUCCAUUCCUUUUUAUUUGUUUUGCUAAGAAAAACAAAAUAGUAGAUUGUUAUCAUGAAAAAUAUUAUUGGAAAAUAUCAAGAUAAAGCAAAACGGAGUCAUUUAUGUAGUCUUUAUACAAGUGUGACUCAUCCCUGAAGUCUGUGCAGUGUUGUAGCACAAAUAAAACUAGAUGUAUUGUUAUUGUGAGAGGUGCAUUAAGAUACAUUUUUUUUCACCCAGAUUUCCAUUAUGUUUUGUGUUUGUACUUUGCAGGUAGCGCUACGUCCACAGAGCCCAGGACAGUCAGGGAGACAGCUUGCACUGAGACUGUUCAGCAAAGUUCGUCCACCUGUAGGCGGUAUUUCCAUUAAAGAGCACUUUGAGGUAACCACUUUCGUUAUUGGUCCAGAAGCUCCGCUGGAGCUCAUAAAUAUAACCUUUACAGUGUACUUACAUUACACGUGAUUUGGAUAAAUCUUUGGAUGUUACUACUACAUUGUCAUGUUAAACAAAAGUGUGGUACUUACCAUUUCUUUUCCACUUUUAAAAUGACUUUAGACUUUUUUUUUCUUUCCAAGAGAAAUGAGGCAUUCCAUAGAUCAUAUUUUCCUAGUUGUCCAUUAAUAUAGACUCUGAUAUGUCCACUGGUCUUUUCAGCCAUAAUUCUAUACAUAUCUGUAUUCCUAACACUACAGUCCUCAUGCGCAUAUUCAUCCCAUCCCCCAUCUGCACAAAAUCAAAUAAUAAACAAAAUUACUCACCAUUUCUUCAAUGCUGAGUCCCCCUCAGUGCUGCCGCGACCACCUCCUCGAGUUGUAUCAUCCAGGAUCACAGGCCAAUCCAAUGGAACGUAGAGGCAAACGCAGUGCUCACUGCAAUGUGCUCCAUUAGGAAUCAUUAUAUUCAAUGAUUCUGUACAGUUGACCGUGACUGCAGUGCACAUGCGUGUUUGACGUCACCAUAUGAGAGUCGGGGAGUAAGAUUUCUAUCACGGCCAGUAUUAAGUAUUAAGUUUUUCAGCAAUUUGAGCCAUUGUAGCUGUGUUCGGACCAGACAGGUUAGCUUUCGCUCCCUAUGUGCAUUAAUGAGCCUUUGAUGCCCAUGACCCUGGUGUCAGUUCACUGGUUGUCCAAUUUUUUUAGGUACUAAACAUAACAUACCAGGGACAGCCCACAAGACUUGCCAUUUUGGAGGUGCUCUGACCCAGUCGUCUCGCAAUCAAUAUUUAGCCCACCUAAAAGUCACAGAUCUCUUUGCUUGCCCAUUUUUCCUGAUUCCAACACAUGCAAUUCAAGAACUGACUAUUCCCUUACUGCCUAAUAUAUCCCACCCCUUAUUGUAACAAUAUAAUCAAUGUUAGCCACUUCACCUGUCAGUGGUAUGUGUGUCUGUAUGUGUUUUUAGAUACAUAUAUAUUUAAUGUGUGUGUACAACACAUGCUCCUGGUAUGUUUGUAUAAUUUAAGGUUUCAGUUUAUUCUAUGGUAGUGUUAUGUGCAAUAUAAGCUAUAAUGGUGGUAAGGAGAGUAUAUGCUUUCUUUUGGUUGGUUUCUUUUUUCCUUUUUAAUCUAUUUAUAGACUGCUGCAGUUUGCUGAGAUUUUCAUGCAUUGGUUAUUUGGAAGAGCAUAAAGUGAAAACUCCUUUGUCUCCUAUUGUAGAUAAAUGUGGUGCCUCUGACCAUCCAACUCACGCACCAGUUCUUCCACAGAAUGAUGGGUUUCUUCUUUCCUGGGCGCAGUGUGGAGGAAGAGGAAGUAGGUGAUGAAGAGGAUAAGUCCAAACUCGUCACAACAGGUGAGUGCCCAGACUCUGCUGUGUAGCUGAAAUGUUAGUGCUGCGACUGUAACUGCGUGCUAUGCAUUGUGGAAAACUGAGAGCUAGACCUGCUACAGUGUCAUGUGCUAGACACUGGGGGCUGUGCAUGGUUGCCCCCUCUCCCCCACAACUCAAAGCUUUGGUCUGAAACCAAACGACGUAAAUCUACACAUUGUGCUAAAUCACCAACAAACGUACAGUCAGAAUAUUAUGAUUACCUUCUGUUCGUACACUGAAGCUGACAGGACCAAAUCCCUAUUUUCCUUAAUGAAAAGAUAAAUUCCCAUUGAUUCCUUUUUUGAUUGAUCUUUAGGAAUAAUUGAAUAAAAGCAGAAAAAUACAUAUUACCAUGUCCAGUUGUAAUUCUUUACUGUACAUUGCAGGCAUGCCUGUAAUGAAACCACGGCAGCUAAUUGUUGCUGAAGAUACUGUGUCCCUUGGGCCAGGGAAAGGAGGUGGUCAGGGAUUGAACAGGACAACUGGAGUUAGAAGAUCUUUCCGAAAAGCACCUGAGGUAAAAAAAUAAAAGAAAAAAAAAUUGUGUUCCUAAAAUUAAGAAUAAUAUGAGAAUUCAUCCAUCAAAACUUUAAUUUGCCUAUUUGCUUGUGUACGAGACAUUCCCCAUGUUCCGUGUGCUGUCUUUUUUUUUCAUUUACACAAACUCUGUUUACUGUUCAGUAGACAUGCUGCGGCAUGAAUCGGAUCGGAAUUUCAUUCAUUCGAAUGAAAUUUUGAACCGAACAAAAUGCACAAAUUUCAUCCCAACACGAAUGGGCAAAUGUUCGACAUUCUGUUAGGAUGAAAAUCGGUGAAUUCGCCGGUGCCGUGUCUAAAUGACAGCACGUUCGAACUGUGAAUGAAGCAACUCUAGAAUAUGGAGUAGAAGAGGUGAGUAUUGUAGGACAAUUUAUUUGACCACAGGAAAUGGAGUGGACUUAAGCUCCUCCUUUGGUCAAAGAAGGUCAAGCGUAGGAAAAAUACAUAAGGCAAAGUAGAUCUAUGAGAGGAGGAGAAGAGGAAACCAUAGGAGAAAGGUAAGUUUGGCAUGACUGUGCUGCUUUAAAUUCCAAGCAAUAUUUAAAUAAUUUUGUGUCUGACUACAUUUUCCUGUAGCAGUUGUUUUAAUAUUCUGUGUUUCCAACAGCAUCCUGUGGAUGACCUGGAUAAAAUGAAGGAGCGAGCGGCAAUGAACAAUUCUUUUAUCUACAUUAAAAUACCACAGGUGCCUCUGUGCGUUAGUUACAAGGUAUGUAAAAGGAUUUCUAGAAAUUGCUAAUUUGUGUAUGUAAAUUUCAAGCAAGUUACAGAUUAUAUAUUGAAUCCUCCACCAUCUGCUUACCAACAGUAAGACCAUAUAGAGAAAGUACUAACUUGUGUCAUCUGUGAGCUUGUAUGUAUAUUUUUAUUCACAAGUUCCAGCAAAAUAUAUAAACACAGGAAACGUAGACACAUUGUAUUUUAAAAUGGGCAGUAGAAGAAAGGACAUGUUUGGGAGACAAUGAUGAGAAGGUUUGGAAUGCUACAUCGAAGGGCACGCAAUGGGUAGUAGAAUAACAUGUAUUUCAGGAGAGAAAAUUGUGUGACUGAGCAGGCAAUCCAGCAAUGCAGAUGUAAACUUAUAGUUUAUAAUAGAGGUAAUUAACUGGAUAUUGUAAUAAAAUGAAUGGAACGUAUAACUAAUACCUUACUUCAGAGUCCCAGUAGUACAAAAUAGAAAAUAGCAGUGACAUCCAAUCGAAAUGUGUUCGUUCAGCAACAUGACAAUUUUUCAAUUCUUGUUUUAAGUGACCAUUUGCAUGUUUUGUUGUCUUUUUUUGUACAAAAUGAUGGAACGUUUCUUUAUAUCUAUGUUAAGAACACUAGUGGCUCUGUAUAGCAACUACUUUAUAUGCCUGUGACAAAUAGUGAUAAAGUAGAGCGCUAAAAAAAAUUGCUAGUGCAUUUAUAUUUUGGAUAUUUUGCUGGAACUUGUUUACAAAUUAAAUUAUUCAUUUAAAGGGUGAAAAGAACAGUGUGGAUUGGGGUGACCUUAACCUAGUGUUGCCAUGCUUGGAGUACCACAACAAUACCUGGACGUGGCUGGACUUUGCCAUGGCAGUUAAAAGAGACAGUCGGAAGGCUCUGGUAGCUCAGGUAAGUGUAGCUGUCAUUAUACUGGCAGAUGAUGUCUAUGCUGAAUAUGAAAUUGUUUGUUUCUCAGUUUGAGCUUCUGUUGAGCUUUCAAGAUGCUACAAAAAGCCCUUUCAAUAUUUCCUUUAUUCUUAGAUUCCAGGUGCCCAGUUUGAAACAUUUUAAAUUCAUGUCUUCCUAUUAGCUGGUUCUAUGUGUCUGCAGUUUUCCGUUACAUUUAUUUCUUUAUUUAUGGGGUCUGUGGAUUAACUGCCCCACAAUUUUUAGAAUCUAGAUUCCUAGUCCUGCUAUUUACAGUACGCCCCCCUGACUCCAGAGUCUUUAACACCAUACAGUACCUAGCCGAACUAAUUCUAUUGUGUAAACCUUUCUAUAAUGCAGAACAUAAUUCAAUGUCAUGUGAUGGGUGCCCACAUGGGUCAAUUGCUAGUGCACGCAUGCUAGUGUCAUACACAUGCAAGCACACGCAGGCCCUCUUUACUUUUGAGGGCUCAUUUAUUCAGUAAAACGGUGAUGAUUUAGUAAGCAGUAGUAGUGAAUAAUAAAGUUAUAUUUUGUCUGAAAUGCUACCCUGAACUCAGUGCUCAGAAAUAAACAAACAUGAUAAUAGUUAUUUCCUUCCUUCAUUCUCUCCCCCCACAUCCUAUUUUUUUUUUUUUAUUUAAAGAAUUAUUACAUGAAAACAAUAUUUACCCCUCUGAGUCUUGUUAAAUGUUUGCUACUGGAUCUAGAAUAAGGAUGUUAGUCACUAGUUUUGUCUUCUUAGCACAAGAGGCUGUCUGUGCCUUACUAGAAAUUGGCCAUGUCUGCCCGUACUAACUGUAUUUUCACUACUCCGUAGGUGAUUAAGGAGAAAUUGCGCUUAAAGCCAGCUGCAGGAGCCGAAACCAAAGUUAAGGGGGAGACAAAACAGGAUAUGAACCAACAGGAGGAGGACGAGAAGGCCCGACUGCUCAUUGGACUAAGCAUGAGUGACAAAAACCCCAGCAAGAAAUCAUUAUUAUUUGGAAGGCGGAAAUAGGCCAUAGGUGUGAACCUUUGAAGAUCACUUUUCCUUCACAGAUAAUACACACUGUGGAAACCGUACCCAAUUGUUCUGGCCUACACAGAGUCUUAAAGUCAGUUACUGCUACACAGAUAAAUUAUGCUUUGGGCAAUGGCGUUCAGAAUAGGAUGAUGUUAUCAGCUAUUCUAGCUUGGGGUCUGUAAGCUGGAGAAUCAAGGACAUUAUUCCUGUCUGUCUGAUUGCUGCAAUCACCAAAGUAGAUUUGGUGAUAAGAAAAGAUUGAUUCUCUGUAGAUUCUAAUAUAAUACUAAUAUCUUCCGCCUCUAUCACAGCAGUCUUUUUCCACUGGACAUAUUCCUGUAAUUAUGACACAAAUCCAGCCUUCAUUUCUAUCCAGGGUGUUGUAAUCAGAAAGUACAUUCAGUGAAUGUUAUUUGCGUGGACACAUCUGUCCGUUUAUAUUAUAAAAUAAAAUUACAUAUAAAUAAACACUGCUGGGCAAUUAUCCUACAUCUUUUGCAUGUGUGUGGAAAGUAGAUUGUGGCUAAUGCCAGCCUGGCACAGAAGAAGGGGAGGUAUGUAUAACAUUAAAUAUUACCCUAAAGGCAGUGUCACAACAUGCAUGGCUAUCUUCAGAAACAUGUUCCCAGCAGAGUUAAUGCAAAUAAUGUGUGUAGCCCACAUUGCCUGUUUGUAUGAGCCAAUUGUUUGCACAUGUCGGACAACAGCCCAGUUAUAAAUGUGUUGAACCUGGAGAUAAUACGGCCGCGUACGAACACAAAGGGAAGGUCGAGUACUAUAACUGGAGAGGGCUAUUUGUCCUUCCUCAGCCUUUUAAAGCAUCAGGGCAUAUCCUCGUUAAGAAUAGUCAGCAGCUGUUAAGUGCGGCAACGCUGGAGAAAUAUUUAAAUUACCUACAAAUUUAUGUGCAUAUUUAACAAUAUAUCCUACUUAUUCACAAACAGAUUGUGCCUGUGCAGAAGGCAAGCUUAUCUUAAGUAACACGUUAAAUCAUUUUCUACAAGCAGGUGACAGUAGCAUACAACGAGAGUAUAGUUCCCAUUUGUGUGAUUGCUACUGACCUCUCUCUCUGGGGAUAAAACAUUAUAGAAGCAGGCAAAUAAUAAACUAUUGACGAUUCCUGGUGAAUAAUCUAUUUACAUGAAGUUAGUAAUUCUAAUGCAGACAUAUUUCUGUUAUUGGGUCUAUAUUGUUUUUUUUUUAUUAUUUUUUUCCUUACCUAAUUAUUUUUGUUUCGCAAAAGUAGGGGAUUUGUGCAUUUCUACAAACCUUGCAGAGUUGGUUUUGCAUUUGUCACCGUGCAUUGGAUGAUUAUGGUUUAAAAAGAGCAUUAUUUGCAGAGGUGGUGUUUAACUUUUUUUAAUAAUAGAAAUACAUAUUUGUAUGCAUUAAGAUGGGGGUGAUUGCAGUUGAUGCUGCUACAUUGUUAUAUAAACUCCUUACUCUCAUCUGCAAACGUUUGCACUUUUUCGUAUGGAUUGCUCUCCACCAACAACAAUUAAAAAUCCUAUUGUUACUUUUAAAAAAAAAA